AUGCUCUUCUUAAGUUUUUUUCUUCAACCAAAGAUCGGUGUUUGCAGAGCUUUGGUUUUACUGCGAACUGUGAUCCUGCUUCUGCUGACGGACAUUUGUGGAGGUAAUAAACUCAACGAUUACUUCACUGAGGACAAAAGAACAACUAAACAGAAAGUGGACGGACUUAAGUUCAAGUAGAACUCUUUAACUGAGUAUUUUGGUAGUUUUAGCAGUUUUUUACCGUUAAAUUGUUUUUUUAUUCACAGUAAAGUUUUGUGAAUAAGUGAAAAUCACAGUUACUGAAUGAAAAAUGUUUUUUCUUCUCCUCUUUCAGGUCAGUCCGGGUUGGUUAAACCACCUGAAAGAGUCUCAGCUUUAGUUGGAGAUGAUGUGAUCCUGCCGUGCCACCUCGAACCUGCAGUAGAUGUUGUUUUUAAGACCGUGGAGUGGGGCAGACUAGACCUGGAUCCGAUUUUUGUCCAUGUGUGGUAUGAAGGCAGGGACUACCUGGCUAACCAGAACCCGUCUUAUAAAAGAAGAACUUGGAUGUCCAUGGAUAAACUGAGACAUGGAGACCUUUCACUGACGUUAUCUUCAGUCCAACACUCUGAUAACGGGAGAUACAGAUGCUUCUUUCCUUCAAAAGAUCGAAUAUCCACGGUGGAGCUCGUCGUUGGUGAGUCAGUGGUCUUUCUUUGUGAACUAAUCCUGGUCCAUGAUCAGAGUAAAACCACUUUCAAAUCAGGACCAGUACUCUUUGGAUCUCUCUGAGUUCGGUUUCUUGUUCUUAUCUUCAGGUUCCUUCUCCUCCCCCGUCAUAACCGACGUGGAUAAAAACGUCAGUUCAGUCACGUUACAGUGUGAGUCCAAGGACCCGUAUUCAGAACCUGAGCUGUCCUGGCUGGACCGGGAUGGAGACCUCCUCCCUGCUGGACCUACAGAGACCUCCAAAGGUCCUGAUGGUCUCUACACCGUCAGCAGCAGAGUGACUGUGGAGAUCAAGAUGAGCAACAGCUUCACCUGUAGAGUCCAUCAGAACAACAUCACCCAGAGCAGAGAGACCCAGAUCCAGGUUUCAGGUGAUCCUUCAGGGUCUUAAUGAAACAGCUGAUGUCUUUUGAUGAGACGUCUGAUCUUUGAUGUGUUUUAUGGUUUCAGUUCCUGAUCCUGACGUCACACUCACCGCCGCUCGCAUCAUCAUCGUCGUGGUUAUGAUCCUCGGUGUGGUUUUGACGGUCGCUUUAGUUCUGUGGAAACGGAGACGAACUCUGAGAGAAGGUCAGUGAAGCUCUGAGACUGUUAUCAGAACAAACAUGAGAAUGAAAACAAUAAAAACUUCAUUUAUUCUCCUGUUCUUCUUUUACUCCAAUCAGGAAAUCAGGAUCAGGCUGAAAAUGAAGAGAGAGAGAAAAAACGCUUAGAGGAAGAGAGAGAGGAAUGUGAGGAUUUGGAGAAGAAACAGAAAAAACUUGAAGAAGAGUUGAAGAGAAAUGAGGAAGAGGAGAAGAAGUUGGAACAGCUGAUUCAAAAACUGAUGGAGAAAAACAAAGAAGUGAAGAAACAAGUAGAAAAAAUCAAAGAGGAAGAAGAAGAAAGGAACAAAUUCACUGAAGAGAUGGAGGAGAAGAUUCAGUCAGCUGAGAAGGAGAGAGGAAGAGACAAAAGUCUGGGAAUCUUUGACAUGAAGAGCGUCAUAUUACAGGGUAAAAAACAUCUGCUCAGAAGAAAACAAGAACAUAAUAAUCUUCUAAAUGAAACACGUGAAUUCUGUAACAUAAUAGUAGAUUUAGAGAGCACAGUGAUUGACAGAAAGGGGGCAGCAGAGAGCAACAAGAGAGAAGUUGAAGAAGAGCUGGAGAAGAUUCAGAGGAAACUUUCUGAGCAGAGACAGAAAACAUGAACCUUUAAAAUCUGAAUCAGCUGAUUUAUUCUUAUGUUGAUGUAAUCAGAUUUUUACAUGUGUAAAAUAUUGAUAAGUCUAUUGAUAAUUCCACUCUUGAAUGUAAAGAUCAUUUUGUGAAAUCCAGUAGAUGAACAGAUUUCUAACCAUACUGUGAAGAAUAAUCUCAACUUUAACAUUUGUGUUUUUUUCUUCUAUUUGAUUUAAUCCAUAAUUACAGAGCGCUCACACUAUAGAUGACCACAGUGUGUCUGUUUAUAGAGGCAGCAGCUCAAACAGAAACAGACCAGCAGUGUGGUUCAACUGUCUCACUCUGACUAACCACUAUCACCAGUAAACAUCCUCCCAGUGUGAGACAGACGGAGCUCUUCAAUGAUGGCAAUGUCUGUCCGUUGUGUCCUUGGGUAAGACACUUAACCCACCUUGCUCCCAGUGUGUGUCCUCCACUGGUGUGUGAUUGUGAGUGUUGUGUGGUGGUGGUCGGAGAGGCCGUAGUUUAACCUAAAAUAAGGUUUUCUGUUUCAUCAACUGUCUGAUCAGUUUUAAGUCAGUUUGUCCACGCCGCGGUCGUCUCUGAGGGAGGGGUGAUAGAGAACACCUCUGUAAUUAUAGACCCUCAUACUGCUGUGGACAGGUGACCACAGCGCGUCUGUUUAAAGAAGCAGCAGCUCGACUCUCAAGUGUGAAGAUGAAGAAUGUGGUUUAACUGUCUUUCACCGGUAUGAUCGAGGAGACAUCUUCCCACAGUGAGAGAGAUCAAGUUUCCAUGACAACAACAAUAACAGCAGCAAAGAUUAGAAACCAUCAGCAUCCCCGUGUUUGGGCAGCAGAUCUGCUGAAAUCUCACAGGAACACUUCAGUUUGUUCUACUUUAUUUCCUAAAGUGUAAAAAACAUCAAGUUGAUUUAAGUGUGGAAAAACUUUAAAGUUUCAGCGUCAAGUUCAUUUUUUUAAAACUUUAACAGUCCUAAACAUGGAUUCUCAGAGGAAACUUUAAAAACAGAAAAAAAGUUUCAGCAUUUAAGUUCAUUUGAAAAAACUUUAGAGUCAGAAACUUCAAAGUUUCCGUGUUAAAGUCCAUUUUUAAAAACUUUAAACGGUCCUAAACCUGCAUUCUUGGAGGAAACUUUAAAACAGACAAAAUCACAAAUUUACAGUUUUGUUUGUGUUUCUAAAAUCUUCUUCCAGCUCACUCUGACCCGGGUCGGUUCUGAAAGGUGACCCCCCUGAGGUCCAGACAGCAUGGUGAGGACUGUGUUUCUGUGUCUGUUUGAAAGUAGCUAAAACUCCGACAGCACUCUUAGUAAAAAAAAAUCAGAACUUUAUUUACAGAAAGAUGUUUUCCAGCCUUCAUCCGUCAUGAAAAAAUGUUGUUUUAUGUACAAAACUGCCUGAAUUUCUCCGGACAGUCCGAGUCUAAAUGAUCAAACGACCAGGAACAACAAAAAACGACUGGACGCAGAUUAUUCAUACGCUGUUUCCAGAGACAUGACGAGGCUCUCCUGUCUGCCACCUGAAACACAGAAAAGUGAAACUCAUAACUGUCAAUAUCUCAAAUAAAACAGAGUAUUUUCUGAAUUAUACAAAAGCAGUGGAUAUAAAUAAACCUUUUAAAAGACAUGUAAAUUGAAAAAAAAAGUUAACUACCUCGUGUUUUCCUCUGUGGUCGGACGGCGGCGUAUGUCGCCGUGUUUGAAUCAAGUUCAAAUCUUUCCUCGACUUUAAGACGAGAGAAAAACAAACUUUAUUCACACUUGGUACAAAAGCUACUGUGAGUUACUGAGGGGAAAAUUAAAAUAAAGAUGUUUGAGUAACUGACUGAAGUCAGAGGAGAUUUUGAAACUAUAAAAUAUAAAUUUAAAAACAGAAAAAAAAAGUCUUUUAGAUUUAAAUGGAAGUUAGAAAUACUAUAUAUGUCUUUAUUUGGGGUCUGGGCAUCUUUGAUGCUCAAAAAUAUGUAAAUAAAACUGAAUAAUUAUGAAUAAUAAAAAAAAUUAUAUACCUCUGCUCUUUCCCUUCUUGAUGGUGAUCGCUGCAUACGUCACAUCACCCUCCGUCGUUUUUUCACAGCCUGAAAUGAAGAGUUUUAUUUUUCUGUUUUUAUUUCAACCUUCGUCUAGUUUGUUAAAACUUUUCAAUUUUAACUUUUUGCAUAAAUGAAGAAAAGAAAAGAUAACUUUCUCUUUACAGACGUUACUUAGUGAUAAUGUUUGAGACAGUAGAGGACACUGACCUGGCUCUGAUCCUGCUGCUGCUGCUGGUGUAAAAGAAAAUGUACAGAGAUGAAACUGAAUCAAGAGAAAUGAUGAUUGAUGAUUAUAUGUAAACAUAAAUAAAAAUAUUUGUUACCUUUAUGUUUCCGACACUUAAGUAGUCCCACCAACAGGAACAGCAAAGCUACAAACACAGAGCUGAAGAGAGCCGGUAACAGAAUGAAGAGCUGAACGGAUCCAAGAUGGAGAGAAGGAGGAGGAGGAGAAGGAGGAAGAGGAGUUUCUGAAAAGGUCGUAUUUUCAGGCGUCAGAGGACUGGACUCUACAGAUGAACCUACAAACAUGAAAGUUAAUAAUCACACAGCAGUUUUCACAAAUACAAACAUUCAGUGAAUUUCCGUCACAUACUUUUAAAACAUGAAUAUUUCAGAAUUAGAUAGAUAGAUAGAAAUUUGUAUUCAGGAACUUUUUCUUUUAUGUUCAUCUAAUUUACAUUCUGAUGACAAAAUCAAACUUUUUUUAAGUAUCAAACAAAAGUAUGAAAUUUGAUAUAAUAACCCUCUUCUAUAGUCAUUCUAUUCUGCAGUUAUUCUCACUUUAAACUCUUAUUUAUAAUUAGAAAACAUGUCAGGACAGAGUGUUUCAACUUUUAAAAGAACUUUUUUAUUAACAGAUCAACUGUAAUUAUUUUUUUUAAUUGUAAUUUAAUUUUUUGGACUUGAUCACUUUUUUAUGAUUUCAUGUCAGAGCUACAGGAGCUCUGCAGAAGAAAAGUCCUUGAAAAUGACACGGGUAAUGUAAAGAAUAAAAAAACUUCAUAAUCACAAUUUAAAGACCACUGAGAACACUUUAAGUAGUAAAAAAGAAAAUUUAAAGUGGGACUGAUAUCAGCUAAAGUUAAGCUAGCUUAUUUGAUCACUAUUAGCUAAAGACUUUUUUUAUUAAUAGUUCAAUCAGUCAUUUUUGACUUUAUGACUUUUCACUGAUUUCUUGUCUCACCUCUGACAACCAGCCGGCUCUCUGGUGAUUCUCCGGCUCCAGAGAUUCGACACUUGUAGACUCCUUCAUCAGACUUUGAGACAUUACGAACAGUCAUCUUUCCUUUAAAUUCAGUCUUCUUGAAUUUCCCAUUUUUAUAGAAAUCUGCUGUUUGGUAAUGUGGUGGUGCCUUUCUUCUACAACCAAGAGUGACGGUCUGUCCCUCUAUAACGGGGUAAACCGGACUCUCCAGGAUCACAGCACCAGCUGGACCACAGAAAUGAAGACAAGAGUUAAAACCUGAAGGAUUAUUUCUACAAACAUUGACGAGAAAUUCAAGUGUUUUUAAUCAUACCAGUGACAAUGAUGUUGAGAGGCUCGCUUCUCUGUCCCUCUGCGCUCUCACACCAGUAUUCUCCACUGUGAAAUGGUAAAGCAGGUGCUAUGGUCAUGAAUGUUGCUGACUUCUCCAACUGAGUCGUCUUUUUCAUCACUCUCCAUCCGUCACAGUUUAACCGAAUGACUUCGUAUGUAAAGAACUGGAGCCUGUUUGGGACAAUUUUAGGAUAAACCGGAUCUGGGACCAAGAAAUAAAUAUACAGUUUAAUGUAAAAGUGAGUAUAAUUGUCAUGAAAUAUAUUAUAUUUAAGUUUGACUUAAGUUCAAGAACUGCACAAAUAAAAACACAAAGUUGAAAGAUCCUGCAAGACUGAAACUCACCGUCUCCCUGAACCCGGUUUCUGUCCAGAGCAGAGACCAGCAGCAGUAGAUCCAGGACUGAAGGAAUAAGAGACAGAUGUACAUUGAACAUGGACGUCUUCAUGUGUGAGGAAAAUAAAAGUGAACUAACACACAAGCUGAGCUCAUAAAAGUGACAAAAAAUAAACACCGACUCCAAAUACAUGCCCUGACAACUGAAUUUCUUGAACUGACGUCUGAUUUCAAUAAAACAUUUAAUUUUUCAGUUUCUUCUCAGAAGAUUUCAGUAUAAAAGUAACAGCAGACUCACACAGUCUGAAGGGAAGCGAUGUGUCCUCCAUGUCGUCUCUCCGCUGACUGUCUGAGACUGAAGACUAACUCUGUCUGACACCGACAGAAGCGCAGCGCUUCCUUUCUCGUGCAUCGAGGCGGCUCUUUCAGUUUUUAGCAUAUCAAACAUUUCUGCACUAUCUGUGACUUUCAGAAACUAAAAUAGUUGUUUUUUUUUAACAUCUGCUCAACUGUCAGUUCAAGUGUUGGAGUUAUUUCAAUUUACAACCCAGAACAACAGAGAGGAGUUUCUGAUGGAAAUACAGUCUUUGAGUUUUUAAUAGUUUUAUUAUUUAGUCGAUCUCCAGAUCUAAGGCACUGAUAAUCAUAUCUACAGACAUCUGUGUACGCCUACAUUAUAACUUAGAGAGAUGGUUGUUAAGUUUCUUUGUCGAUUUCUAGAUUAAAGAAACACGAGAAAGGUCCUGCAGUAGGACCCUGGUCUCAUAGGGGGUCAGAGGAUCACAGAUGUAGGAGGGAACCAGAUCUCAGAGGUGGCCGGUGAAGGGCAGCGAGGACUGUUGUUAUGUGGUCACCUCUUUUAAAGGUCUGGCAGCAGCAUUUUAAAUUGUUGUCGUCUUUGGAUGUUGUGCUUCCUAAUGCCAGAGUCAAUUGAAUUACAUUAGUCAAAACAGGGAGAAAUAAACUGAUGUGCAAAUGAGUUUUUCUAAGUCAGGAAGAGAAAGAAAAGACCUGAUUUUGGUCGACUUCGCCGAACAAACAGGACUGCAUAACUCUGCUCACCUGGGUAUCAAAGGUCAAAGGUCAGAGUCAAAAAGGACUCCUUGGUUCGCCUCUUUGCGAACAUUAUUGGACCCAGACUGGAGGGCAGAGUAUUAAUGUCGCUAAAACUGACAUUGACUUCAGGUUUGGAGCCAAAUCUUCAGACCUCCAGUUCUUGAUUUCAGAUGUGAGACGGAGUGAUGUCGGGUUUUAACGGAGCAUAGAGCUGAGUGUCGUCGGCAUAGCUGUUAAACUCUAUGACAUGCCUUUGCAGGAUUUGCCCCAUGGGGAGAGCAUGUGUACUGUAAAUAAAAGGGGACCUAAGAUAGACCCCUGGGGGACUCCCUCAUUACUACUAUGAACGACUGAAAAAUACCUGUUUUAAAGAUAGGACAUGAAAGAGUCCAGUAUUUCAGACGGCUGAUCAGGACAUUGUGGUCGACUAGGGAUGAAUCUCGUCUUAGUCUUUUUCUUAACUCAUGUCUUAGAGGUUUUUACUUCUUUUACCCCUUUUACACGGUAAAGAGCUCUUACUUAUCUGUUCAUUUAAUAUUAUUUCUUGUCUUAGUCCAUCAGGUUUUACUCGUACUUUUUACCAUUUUUAUCUUUUAUCUCCAGUGUUUCCCAAAGGUACCUCUUUUCUCAUGUGAUGUCUCGGUGUCAGGCCAUGUCUCUUUAACAAUAUAUCUUAAAUUCUCACUUUGUGUGCGCUUGUGUGUGUACGUGUGUGUGUGGGUCCAUGUGUAGGUGGGAGGUUCGGGUUUUAUUGUUGUUUUUAGCCUCUGUUAGGCACUUUGAACUACGUCUUUCUGUCUGAAAAGUGUCAAUAAAGUUGAAUUUGAAUGUGUUGAGAGUGAGGUACAGUCAAUGGUCAAAGCACAAAAGUGAAGGCUCCACCCUGUGGCACUAUUGGGAACUGCAGCUAUGUUGCAUUUAUUCAGACGUGGGACUGGGAAGUGAAAUGAAUCAUGAAUCAACGUGACUGAAUAAAAAAAACAAAGGCUUCAUUUGUCAGUGUGGUGACCUGUUUUAUAUCUGGUAAUGAUUAACCGGCAGUUAUCUCUGUGCCUAAAGCUGUAAAAGUUUCUGAUUAACAGAAGUGAAAGUAAAAGAACUUUUGAACAACAUGCAGCUGUCGGAGUGACCUCCAUUCAUAUCAGUGUCAGAUUGAAUAUUAACCAACUGCUUUUACAGGAGACGACUCAACUGUCGGUGUGUCUGUAAAGAUUAGUUUUAUCUGUUUUUAACAACAAUAAUAAAAACUUAACGGCUCUGUUUCAUACCACAACACUUGAAGGAAAAGUGUUUUUCAUUUAAAGGAUCUAUAAAGAAAAUAAUCAGUUUUUUUCUUUCAGUUUAUUUUACAUGGAAAUAAAAAAAACAAAAACAGCAAAAAGAAAAAUAAACUGACAUCCACAUUUUUUUUCAGUUUUUCUCAUUUCUCAUCUGUGAUUGUUGACGAAAAAAUAAAUUACAUAAUACUGGACCUAUACUGGUUAGUGGGACGUUUUCAGAUUGAUACUGGAUGGCAUUUAUUACCUUUAUUAUUUGAAAAACCUGUGAAUCAGAAUAAUGAUGUACAAAAAGACAGUUGGCGUUUGGUUUAUUUUGCUGACAUGUUUGUCACGUAGUACAUGAUCUGAAAAUGUCACUGUGUAAUGGAGGUAUUUUUGUGUUGGUCAGUCUAACAUCAAACUUAGUUUAAUGGUUAGUCUCAGAUAGUCUCAGAGAGGUAACAGCAGCAGCUCUGUGUUUUCAGUUUCUUCAGAUCUAUAAAAAGACUGAGCAGAUUAAACAGGAUUCAACAAUAAAACAAGUAUAUUUCAAAAAUAAACGUCUACCAUCAGACAGUUUGAGACAUCCAACUGCCAUCCUCUUUCAGACAAACAAAAGGCAAAAGUAAAUCUAAAUGUAAUUUCAAAAUGACAAUUAAAAAUGAUUGAACUUUCACUUUAUCCGGUAGUUUCUUCCUUGUCUGUCAGUGUUUCUGCUCUCUGUCACCUGAAAGACAUUUGGAAUAUAAAUGAUUAUUGUUGUCGAACAUCAUUUCAAUGUUGCAAUGAUCUAAAUCACAGAAUUAAGACACCAGCAUCUUAAGUUUUGUGUAUAACAUUUAAGUGUGAUGUCUACUGUAUGAAUCGUUACACAGAUGAUACCCGAGUUUACAUAUCAGCCAAAUAUACUGAGCAACUUGGCAGCUUAUUAAAGAAGCUGAUUAAAAAGGUUAUACAUGAUAUAAUUACCAUAAGAUCACCCAGAUGAUAAUGAUUAUAUAAAAUGUACAAUCUAUGUAAGUAUACAACACUAUACAAUAUCGCAGUACCUCUCCUCUUCUUUCUCACUUGGGCUUUUAUCACACCUGGUGCAGCUGCCCCUCCAGGAGCUAUGACACGAGAGAAUUACAAGUUACUCAGAAAUACAAGCUCAGAUAAAAAAAAAAAAAUCAACAUUCAUUCACAUUUUCAUUCAUAGAUGUAUAUUUCAUUGAUUAAAUUGUCUUUAUUUACUUUGUUUUGUCAAAGAACGGCCCUGAUUGGCUGAAUUUGACCUUCAUCAAAUGUGUGAUGUAAUUAGAAACUGGAGGGAAAUACCUCUCCCUUUUCCUGGCUGUGCUCUUUUUUGUUCAGGUAAAAUUGGCUCUCCAGACACUGAGGUAUAAAAAAACAUGGACCAGUUACUGACAAUAUUAGCAAAGAAGUUUUAAAAGUCAACACAGGUUAUCUCACUUUCAAUUUAAACACAUUAUACCCAAUCUAGAUUUUGAUUUCAGGCAAACAAAAGAACUCUUAAGAGCCAAGAACCUGCUGAACCUCAGCAACAACAAAAAAAAGGAAAAAAAAUAUUUUAAUUCAUUUUAUCUAGUUUUUUAAAUCUCAUGAAUCACUCACUGUCAAAGUGAAUGAAGAAAAAAGUUGACUGACCAUGAUGGACGACAUCUAACACGUCGUUCGUAAAUUCAACUGUCAGUCAUCUAUUCAACAUUUAUAUACGUACCUCUCAUCUUUCUUUCUGCAGUUUUAGUUCCUGAUUUUCUUUUUUCAUGGCCUGAAUAACCUGCAAUAGAAAAAGGAAAUCUCUAGUAAAAAUAUAAACUAGAAUUAUGAAGCUUCACUUUUUUGGUUGCUGAAUAUCAUGGCAAUCAGAAGACGAUCCGUAUACACUGUUUUUGUUUUUUCAUUCACUUUAUUUGGUUCUUCAGCAACAAAAACGGGAAAGAAAGAAUUUUGAAAAACAUAAAUUAAACUCAGUGAUCUUCAAAUAUUUACCUCUGUUAGUUUUCUGUCUCGGGACGUUGACGUAAAUGGACUCGUCUUCAUCAGCACCAGGAGAGUUUUCAUACACUGAUUAACAAAAACAAAUACGACAUUUUUACAGACGUGACGGACUGAUUACAUGACCUACUAACAAUCUUAGCGCAGUUUUACAUCUAUUAACUGUUUUAGUGUUUUUAUUGUUAGUACUCACCUGGGUUUGAUGGUCUUGUUGGUAUCUCAGAGGGAAAACGUGUAACUAAGAGAAAGAAGAUUAUUUUUGUCUAUUUUUUCAAAUUUAGUUUUGAAAGUUCAACUUUUUUGGAUUUCUCCCCGUUUCACUGAUAAAUAAGUGAAUAUGCAGUUUUUAAAAGAGCUUUAUUUGUACCUCUGAGUUUGCGAUGGCGAAGUAGUCCUGCCGCUGAAAGCAGCAGAGCCACGAUGAAGAUGGUGAAGAAGACUGAUAAAGACGUGGUGAGCCGACUGGAACCAGGACUGGGCCGAGAAGAAGGAGAAGAAGGUGAAGAUGGAGAGGUAGUUUCUCGCACAUCUUCAGAUGUUGGAGGUACACGUGCUGUUGGCAUCAAUGAGAAAACAGUCGAGAUGUUUUCAUUUGAUCGUUGCGUAUCAUUGAAUUUUCUUGUUGAAACUUUUUUUAUUAAUAGUUCAAUCAGUCAUUUUUGACUUUAUGACUUUUCACUGAUUUCUUGUCUCACCUCUGACAACCAGCCGGCUCUCUGGUGAUUCUCCAGCUCCAGAGAUUCGACACUUGUAGACUCCUUCAUCAGACUUUGAGACAUUAUGAACGACCAUCUUUCCUUUAAACUCAGUCUUUUUGAAUUUCCCAUUUUUAUAGAAAUCUGCUGUUUGGUAAUGUGGUGGUGCCUUUCUUCUGCAGCCCAGAGUGACAGUCAGUCCCUCUGUUACAGGGUAAACUGGACUCUCCAGGAUCACAGCACCAGCUGGACCACAGAAAUGAAGACAAGAGUUAAAACCUGAAGGAUUAUUUCUACAAACAUUGACGAGAAAUUAAAGUGUUUUUAAAUCAUACCAGUGACAAUGAUGUUGACAGAGCCACUUCUCUGUCCCUCUGCGCUCUCACACCAGUAUUCUCCACUGUGAGAUGGUGAAGCAGGUGCUAUGGUCAUUGAUGUUGCUGAAUUCCUCCACUGAGACGUCUUUUUCAUCACUCUCCAUCCGUCACAGUUUAACCGAAUGAUCUCAUAUGUAAAGAACUGGAGCCUGUUUGGGACAAUUUUAGGGUAAACUGGAUCUGGGACCAAGAAAAUAAAGAUAAAUACGAUGUAAAAGUGAGUAUAACAAUGAGGAGCGUUUCUGUAAAUAAAUCAAAGAUAGAAUUUAAAAAAAAUCUAAAGUUUCAGCUUUGAGAGUGAGUCAUGCUUUACCAGUAACGAUUUUGCAGAGUUGGAAAGAAAUAAAAACGUUAACUGAACAGAUUUUGACUCACCGGCUUUCAGAGACCAGCUUCUGUUCAGGACUGUGAGCAGCAGCAAUAAAUUCAUCACUGAAGGAAUAGUAAAAAAAAAAAGUGAAUAUUUACAAGGGUUAUAAGCUAGAGCUAAACAUGAGUCAAAACGUACCCUAUCAACCAACGGUACCAAAGGUUUUACAAACUUAAGAGUCUUUUAAACAGUUCAGAUUUUAAAAUACCCGUGGAUAUAAAUCUAAUCUGACUGUCUUUUGUUAACCGUAUAAUCUUUAAAUAGGUCGGUUAACUUUUCUUUAAAGUUAACGUCACAUUUCAAAAGUAUUUUAAAUCAAAAUCAAACUUUUAAACACUUUAUAUUGAAGGUAGGUCAAACUCACAGAGUCUGAAGCACAGUGAAGAGUCCUCCAUGUCGUCUUGCUGCUGACUGUCUCUGACCGCCUGUUCACGUCUGUUUUUAAAGAUGACAGUUUCCUGUAUAUAGAAGGCGCCGUCGCAGUUUUUAGCACGGCGACCAUUUCUGAGGUUUCUGCGGCUCUCACCGACUAAAAUAGAGUUACGCAUCUGUUCAACUGUCAGAUCAGGUCUUUGUUUAAAGAAGCACACCUGAACAUCUGAGAGGGACUUCUGAUGAGGACGAACUUCUUUAAUAUUUACAGUAUACAGUUAAAUGUCCCUCUAAUGUCACAGUUUAUCUUAGUUCACUUAGUCACUUAGUAGUUGAUUUCUUGUGUUUCCUGUUUUAUUUUGUAGGAGUUGAUUCCUUGUGUUUCCUGUUUUAUUUUGUAGGAGUUGAUUCCUUGUGUUUCCUGUUUUAUUUUGUAGGAGUUGAUUCCUUGUGUUUCCUGUUUUAUUUUGUAGGAGUUGACUCCUUGUGUUUCUACUCUGGUUUGUCCCUCCUUUGUUAAUCACCCAUGAGUCUCACCUGUGUCUCGUUUACCUGUUUGUCUAUAUAGUCCCUUUUUUACCCUCUUUACUGGUUGGUUCAAUGUCUCUUUUGAUGUCGCAUUCCCAGUGAAUCUCAGACAAAACUCUUCCUUCUGACUUCUGCUGAAAAUUAGUCAUUUUAUUUUUAUUUCAAAUGUUUUAUAUUUAUUUUAGUCAUGAUCUGCUCUUGUUCGUUUCUCGGUUUUGUUCAGUAUUUUUAUUUUAUGUGUUAAAUAAGUUCAGGAGGAUAAAUUUCAGUAUGAAACUUUAGUAUUAAAAGCUUUGUCCGUCAUAGAGCCGCUUUAUUUAAGGAAGCCGAUCAGUGUUUGUUCAACCAGGAUAUAAAGACAGUAGAGUAGUGAGGUAAACCCGCCCUGCAGUCAGGGUCAAAGUCCGUCUGUUUUACUUUGACCGUACAGUCGGGGGAGAGACUGGAACAGACACGCAGCAGGUAUGUCAGUGUUUUCAUGUUUUCAAUUCUAUUUUAGUGAUGAUUGUUGAAAAGUCGUGGAUUUAAGAAAACUGGUUUUUAUUUAAAUACGUUUUACAGUGUAGCGCGACUGUGAACCUGUUAAAGAGUGUUUGACUGAUCCACUUUUGAGACUUCCUGGUUUGACUGUUUUCAUUAAAAGAAUAAAACUGAAAUAUAAGAUCCAUUAAGUGUGAAAAGUCUUUUACUUUAUUCCAAAAUUUCAUCACUUUUUUUAAAAUAAAAAAGUAGAGCUUCCUCUUUGUGUCUUAUUUAAGUUUUUUUUUAGGUCUCUCAUUGAAAACAAUAGAAAAAAACAAAAUUUAAAUGUGAGAAAAAUGAAUUUCAAACUGCUUUAAUGAUCCCUCUGUGGUUGAUAAUGAAGAUAUAAGUCUCUCUGUCAGAGUCCUCAUAGACCAGAUUAAUAAAAAAGGAGAUUUAAAUGGCUGAAUUCUUGGUAUUUUAACUCAUUUUGACUUUUUUUUUGUUGUUGUUUUUUUUAGGAUGCUUUUCCUAACAGGUGGAUUUGACCUGAAACUUAAGCUCCGCCCCCUCAGUGCUUUGGUUUUCAAACAAAUUGUGACGGUCCUUCUGUUGACAAACUCACACACAGGUAACUCCGAUGAUGAUUUAGGGAAGAUUGACUUUAAUUAAACUGAGUUCGUCAGAGGGAUGGGAACUGUUCAGAUUUUAGCGAUUCCGAUUCCAUUAUCAAUACUGCUUAUCGAUACAAUUCCUUAUCGAUUCUCUGAACGAUUCUCAUUGAGAAUCAAUUCUCUUGGUGACAUUUGUUUAUCUUUGCCUCUGUCAUUUUACUCUUCCCUGCAGGAGAAGUUACAGGCAGAGCCCAGAGGAUCCAGAAUGGCUGUGCUCCACUUCGGCACGGCAAGCGGAUCAAAUAUACAAGCAUCAUAAUUUAAGUGCGUGAUUCCACACAAUUUCGUCCGCCUGAAAAUAAAAUAAAAUAAAGUCAAUACGUUGAAAAGUUCCUAGCUUGAUAAUAGGAGAGGCCAGUGUUGAGGGACCGAUCGGCGGAUCUCAUUCAAGUCUCACAGGGAAAUAUGCAAGAUCUUGUGAGAGUUCGUCCAGUCUCGCAAGAACUAUCAGUAAUAUCGCGAGAGUGUCUUCUCCGAUGGUGGCGGUGGAUCGGAUCCGGUAGGCGCUAUUUGCUUGCGUAUUUGAUCUGCCUGCUGGAGCGGAGCAGAGCGGUUCCAGAUCCAGUGGAAUUCCCGCGUUAAACGUUACCUUGAUGAUGUCGAGACGUUAGCUCUGCUCCUGCUUUUGCCUGUACCAGUCUCGCCUUCGCUAAGUAGCGCAUCAAACACGUUACACUUACGCAAAUUAAUUGCAUUCUGGGUGGACAAAUGUUUCCGCAUAUUGGAAGUUCCCCCCUUUCAAUGCAAUUAAAUUUGAAAUUAAAGUGUUGCAAGUGUCUCGCGUACUACGUCACCACGCAUAAAGACGUAAGAGGAACUGAUAAGCUGAAUCGUCAAGGAGGCAGACGAACAACUCUUUGGAAUCAAAUCACCAGGAACCAGUUCUAAAAAAGAACUGGUUAUCGAUUCCAAAUCUCUGAUUAUAACUCUUCAGACUUUGUGUUUCUCCAGGUCAGUCUCAGGAAGUCGGACCCUCUCAGAAGGUCGUGGCUUUAGUUGGAGAUGAUGUGAUCCUGCCGUGCCACCUCGAACCUGCAGAGGAUGUUGUUUCACAGACCGUGGAGUGGGGCAGACUUGAUCUGGAUCCGAUGUUUGUCCAUGUGUGGUAUGAAGGCAAAGACUUCCUGACAAACCAGAACCCGUCCUACAGAGGAAGAACUUCAGUGUCCAUGGAUAAGCUGAGGUAUGGAGACCUUUCACUGACGUUAUCUUCAGUCCAACACUCUGAUAACGGGAGAUACAGAUGCUACUUUCCUUCAAAAGAUCAGAUUUCCACGGUGGAGCUCGUUGUUGGUGAGUCGUUGGUCUUUCAUUGUGAACUAAUCCUUCAGAUCUCUUCAGUUCACUUCACCUGACAGAUGAUUCAGAGUCUGAAGAACAUCUUUGUCCAUCUUCAGGUUCUUUCUCCUCACCUGUCAUACCUGAUGUUGAUCAAAACCCUGAAGGAGUCACGUUACAGUGUGAGUCUAAAGGCUGGUAUCCAAAACCUGAGCUGUCCUGGCUGGACCGGGAUGGAAACCUCCUCCCUGCUGGACCUACAGAGACCACCAAAGGUCCUGAUGGUCUCUACACGGUCAGCAGCAGAGUGACUGUGGAGAUCAAGACGAGCAACAGCUUCACCUGUAGAGUCCAUCAGAACAACAUCACCCAGAGCAGAGAGACCCAGAUCCAGGUUUCAGGUGAUCCUUCAGGGUCUUUAUCAAACAGCUGAUGUCUUUUGAUGAGACGUCUGAUCUUUGAUGUGUUUUAUGGUUUCAGUUCCUGAUCCUGACGUCACACUCACCGCCGCUCGCAUCAUCAUCGUCGUGGUUAUGAUCCUCGGUGUGGUUUUGACGGUCGCUUUAGUUCUGUGGAAACGGAGACGAACUCUGAGAGAAGGUCAGUGAAGCUCUGGGACUGUUAUCAGAACAAACAUGAGAAUGAAAACAAUAAAAACUUCAUUUUAUUCUCCUGUUCUUCUUUUACUCAAAUCAGGAAAUCAGGAUCAGGCUGAAAAUGAAGAGAGAGAGAAAAAACGCUUAGAGGAAGAGAGAGAGGAACGUGAGGAUUUGGAGGAGAAACAGAAAAGACUUGAAGAAGAGUUGAAGAGAAAUGAGGAAGAGGAGAAGGAGUUGGAACAGCUGAUUCAAAAAGUGAUGGAGAGAAACAAAGAAGUGAAGAAACACUUAGAAAAAGUCAAAGAGGAAGAAGAAGAAAGGAACAAAUUCACUGAAGAGAUGGAGGAGAAGAUUCAGUCAGCUGAGAAGGAGAGAGAAAGAGACAAAGGUCAGGGAGUCUUUGACAUGAAGAGCGUCACAUUACAGGCUAAAAAACAUCUGCUGAGAAGAAAACAAGAACAUAAUAAUCUUCAAAAUAAAACACGUGAAUUCUGGAACAUAGCAGAUGCUUUAGAGAACACAGUGAGUGACAGAAAGGGGGCAGCAGAGAGCAACAAGAGAGAAGUUGAAGAAGAGCUGGAGAAGAUUCAGAGGAAACUUUCUGAGCAGAAAACAUGAACCUUUAAAAUCAGAAUCAGCUGAUUUGUUCUUAUAUUGUUGAAAUCAGAUGUUUAGUGACACAUUAUUAUGAAUUAGUUUUGAAAUCAAAGUUUAUCGACACAACUGUGAAAUUAAUGAAAUGUACUGAUUUGCUGAAGUUGCUGCACAUGAAGAAACUUUCUCACAAACUGCAAAGAUAGAUAGAUAGAUAGAUAGAUAGAUAGAUAGGAUAGAUAGAUAGAUAGAUAGAUAGAAAAAGGGGAAUUCUUAUUUUUCUGUUCAUCAGGGUGAAAGUUGUGAUUAUAUUUACAAUAAUAAUUUUAAAAAAUCAGUGUGUUUGUCAGUCUAGUUCUUCAUUUUGUUAACCUUCAGACUAUUUGGGGGAGUUUGUGUUUGCAUUUUAACUUUGUUGUUUUUGCACUCACUGUAAAUCUUUGUCAUGUGAAAUAAUAAAAAAAUUCUGUUUUUUUUUUUUUUAUGAGGUCGGCCUUGACUGGUUGUUUCUGUACUUUAAAUGUACUUGUAUAGAAAUAGUCAACCUCGUCCCUGAUGGUCUAGUUUACUUUUAGAGGACCUGCAGAGGCGUCAGUAUUACUGCCAGUCUGUCUCAAGAUGAACUAACAUGAACCUGAGUCUGUCUCAGCUGGUCUGUUCAGGGAAACCACAUCCUCUAAAGAAACCAGACCCACUUUGAAGUGGUUUUGGUGGUUCCACUGUGAUAGAAUCAGAAUCUGGUGUUUCUGGCUCUGUGGUCAGGAAAUCACCCCAAAUAAAGACUUUUGAUCAUGACAGUUUUGACGGAUCUAAAGACGAAUCAUCUUCAGAGUUCAUUCAAGAUUUGUCUUCAUUCAAGACAGAUUAGAAUUCAGUUGAGUUGCAUGCUGGGAAUUGUUGUAAAAUCGAUCUGUCUGUCUCGGUACGUUGACACUGUAGUCGUGCAAAGAAAAAGGAGGGAUAUCGUGAGAGCUUAUUUAUUAACAGGUUCUGUUCAUACAGUUUGUCAGUUGAUAGACUUUGACCAGAGAGUUGUGAACCGUCACUUGAAAACCAACACCAGGAAUACGGAAGACGAAGACAAAGACGUCUUUUAUUUCUUCAUUGACUGAAAAGCAUUUAUGAUUGGUUCAUUUCCGGUGAGUGUAACUCUGUUCGUUGCAUGAUGGCGGUCUGCGGUGAUCGAGGUCUUUGUUCGCAGUUUUGAAGACCUUUAUUCCUGCGUGAUUUUUGACAGUAUGUUGUUUGGUUUCAGCUCUCUGUUGUCUCAUCUCCUCAUGUGUCUCCUGAGACGUGUUGCCGUCGGCUUGUGCGUCUCUGUUUGUGCCACCAGGGUCCGGGCAGGUGAGACACGAACUCAUUCAACUGCAUUCACUCAAGUAGCAAGGUUUUCUUUAAUGUUUGAUUUCAGUGUUUAAGAAAAAAGCUGACGUGAUUUUUCAACUGAGCUUUGAGUCUCAUUCAUAUUUUUUACACAAAGAGUCUUUUUUGUGUUAAUGGCUCAGUCUUUAAUCAAAAAGAAGGUUAUUUUUGUCAACUUUUCUUUCAUUAAUUCAAUUUUCUUAAAGCAGAUAAACUAAAACCUUUGUAGAAAGACUUUAGUAAAGCCUGAGACUUUGAGCCAAUCCCAAUUGUUCCUCUUAGCCCUCGUUUUUUCAUGUUCAGGUCAAGCGAAGGGGGGUCCCAAUCGGUGGUGGCUGGUGGGAAAAAUAGUAGGUGGGGCAGAAGGCUUGAAGACCAGAGCCCAGUAGGGGGGACUGGGGGUAUCCUCCCCUGGGAGUUUUUUUCUUUUUAUUUUCUCACAUGUAAAUGAAGCUUUCUGGUGCAUUCUGUGAAAAUAAUUAAGGAAACAUACGAUGUUGACCUACAAAGACAAAUGGGGUGGGGAAACUGUAUUUCAAAUUAUUAACAGGGUAUUAUAGCCGACACACAGCCUACCUACAUUCAAUGUAAUCCUAUGAUAUAGAAACUGACAGCAGCAUACUCUUACUCGUGUACAUCCACCUGCAGCUCAACAGGUUAGGCUACAGCAAAGGAGCACACAAAGACAACUGCAGAAAAAUAGAGAAGAGCAGACCCACAUUUAUAACAAAUCAGGCUGUAUAUCAAAGUGAUCAGUCAAAGGGAAACAACACAAACAUUUGCUUUGAAUACAGAACAAUUUUAUUACAUUUGAUAUUUCAGUGGAACUGAAUUGAAACUGGGUGAACAAAUACAGGGUUCCCGCUCUUUUACAGAGAUCAUUUACCAAGACUUUUCCAGGAUGUUUUCAUCCUGCCUUAAAAGUUAUUGAUUUCUAACACUGCGGCAUAAAUAUUGUCUGUUAGCUUUCUCAUUAAUCUGACUUUUAUGUAGUGUCUCACUACAGCUCCCAGUAGAGCAGCUAGCUAUGUCAGACGCAUAUUGUAGCUAUGCAUCCGUUUGUGACCGAUCUGGUUAUGUCAUUCAAAUUAGGGACACUUGGGCACUGGUCCCUGGUGCCCCUUAAGGAUUUUUUUUUUUACUUGGCUAGGAAAAGCUAACUUUUUAAUGCAGAACUGUGAUCUGAGCAUGUGUGAAAGCGCAGAAAGCUUGGGCACUGGCCUGUGGUGCCCCUAACAUUAAUGCACAACUGUGAUCUGAACAUGCGUGAGACAACAGACGUUCCUAGUCCGCCCUGACGCUGAUGCUUUUUGCUCAUGCUGGCUCACGCAGCUCAGGCAGGGCUCUGCCUGCAGCGCCAGUGGUCCUGAUUCUCCGUAAGAUUAAGGGGAAGGGUUAGGGUUGGGGACCUCACUUGAAAGCUCGGGGUAAGAUUUUGAUAUAAUUCUCAUAGUAACAACACUUACCGGUAUCACUGCAUCAGCCUACAACACAGCCAGCAAGCGGCAAGGCAUGAUGAUGUAGCGGGAAUCUCCUUUCUUAGGAGCGUGUUUUCACCCUUCUGUUUGAGGGCUAGGGCGGCACAGUGGUGUAGUGGUUAACACUGUCACCUCACAGUAAAAAGGUCCUGGGUUUGAAUCCGGGUCAAGGCAUUUCUGUGUGGAGUUUGCACGUUCUCCCUGUGUCUGUGUGGGUUUACUCCGGUUUCCUCCCACAUCCCAAAAACAUGCCUAAGUGGGGUUAGGUUAACUGGCCACUUUCAAAUUGCCUGUAGGUGUGAGCGUGGAUGGUUGUUUGUCUCUAUAUGUCAGCCCUGUGAUGGACUGGUGACUUGUCCAGGGUGUCCCCUGCCUUCGCCUGAGGAUGCUGGGAUAGGCUCCAGGUUCCCCGCAACCCCCACCGGUAAAAAGCGGUAGAAAAUGGAUGGAUGUUUUAGGGCUAAAGGGGAGGGGGUAGACAAAGGGGUAAGACGAAGGGGAAAGGGAAAGAGUGACAAUUGGGAUUGGCCUUUAAACGUUGUCAUGUGAUGGCCCUGCUGAAAACAAUCUUUUUCAAAUGUCAUGUCCUCAGUGUGGCGGCGUUCAUCCUUCAAGAAGAGACUGCAAAACUGUCAAGAAGAGUUGCAGCAGAUCAAUGACAGACUUGACGAAAUGGCGCAAAGCAAAAUCGUCUCUGAAAUCCUUCAAAGGAUUCUGCUGAAUCAGUGGCAUGACGUCAAAAUGCAGCUAGAGGACGUGGAGAGAGAGAGGAACGACAACAGGAAGAAGCUGCAGUCAUUAGAGAGUUCAAUAACGGAGAGUGAACGAGAGAGGGCGACGGACAGGACGGAGAGACUCCUGAGAGACAAACAAGACCUUCUGAACGACCAGGGUCGACUGGAAAACAGGAAGGAGAAACUGGAGAAGCAGCUGCUGGACUCAGAGAUCCUGACUCAAAGUGAGGAGUCAGAGAGUCUUCUGAAAAGGAUGAGGGACAGAAAGAUUCGCUUAGAAGACAAACGACAUCAAUUAAUGAUCAACAUCGAGGAACUCACAGAGAAGGAUCAUGGGUUCAUGAGUCAGGAUAACGUUCGUUUUUUUGUUUGUUUCUUUCUUGUUUAUAGUGUUUCUUCAUAUUAUCCUUCCCUGUUCCAAAUAUCAGAAUUUGAUCUGCUGAAAAUGACCAGAGAGAGAGUCAAGGAAAUGCUCUGCUCACACGGCGUGUUAGCUUCAUAAUCCUCAGUUUUGAUCUGUAACAAACAGGAUCAGAUGAAGGACGUCCAGUCAAGGUUUUCGUCUGUGGUACCCGGGGGAUGAGUCUUUGUGGUUUUUAGUGACUUUUCUUUAUGUACGAUCAGCUCUGAGAUAAUAAAGCUUGAUUCUUCAGUGCACACAUUCUGAAUCAAGCCCUUUUUAAGUUUAUGCAUUUUUAUACUGUUUCUGUUGCGUUUAGAUCGUGGGGUGGGAAUGAGGGGUAGAUUUGGGUUUUCUUUGUUUUAUUCCUUUUUCUGUAUAAAGAACUUUGUGCUACAUGAUUGUGUAUGAAAAUUACUAUAUAAAUAAAGACUGAUUGAUUGAUUGAAUAAGGUUGUAUUAAAAAUGUGUAAGAGAAGUUUUUGAAGAAGAAAUAAUGUUGGAAUAAUAAAACCACUUUGCUUUAAAUAAAAAUGUUUCUCUCUCACUGAUGUGUUGUUUGUAAAAACUGAUCGUCCAGCUAACGCCUUACUCAACAUCAUAAAUCUUAAUUUUAAUUUUAUUUUUGUUAGUGUUGUAAAAAUAUCCACAUCAGCAGUUUUGGUGCCGCCCCAGGGUCAUAUAAGGUGAUGAUAACUGAUAGCGGGAACAUUGACAUGUUUCAGGUUGUUGUAUCUCUUGUAAUGAAUAACUCUGCAGGAAUAAAAGUUACUUAUUCACAGAUGAGAAAGUGAAAGAAGCUUCGAUAUUUGGAGUCGUAUCAGUCUCAGAUAAGAUAUCAACUCAAGAACAUUCAGAGGAGCUAACCUAUAAACUCUGGACCCUCGAUGAGUUUGAGUUUAUGUGUGUAAUAAUCCAAAUGUGUUUUUUUUUAUGACCUGAUGUAAGAGGCACAGGUUCAUUCCUGGUUUAUAAUAUAUCAAACUAUUACUCUGGCUCUGCUGAAGUACAGGAUCAAUCAAACCACACAGGGCGGAGUCGUGUGUACUAAAUUUUGAGGGUUUUUAGGUCGGUUCGAGUGUUUUUUACGUGCUUCUAACUCAGUAAAUCCACAAACUCAAAACUUCCGUACAAAACCCCGGACAUUUGAAGGAUUUUAUAAACUCCCCCGGACAAGGCCAGACAGCCCCCAAAAAAGAGGACAUGUCCGGGUAAAAGAGGACAUAUGGUCACCCUAAUCCAGCUCCCAGGAAACCAAACACAAACUCAUGUGACGGUUUUACAGCAGGACUUUGAUCCGACGGUUGAUAUCCUGGACGGAUUUGAAGGAGAGAGCUGGUUUGUUGAUUCGCUCUGUUGGUACGUGAAAAAUAAAUCUCUCUCUGUGAAGUUUUUUUUUUAUUUCUAAGAAAAAUCUUUUAAAUGUGUUUCUGUUUUAAUGUCACUUUGUUUUGAUGAUCGUCUGUAUGUGGUCUGAAUCUCUCAGACUUCCACAUUUAGGAUGUUAAACUUUAAAACAACUUUCAUAGCUUGUUAUUCAGAAUCUUUUUACUUAUUUUUUAUUCCUUUAUGAAGAUCCUGUAUUCAGAUAAUAAAUCCCAGAUGUCUCUCACCAUCUCUAUUUUCUUCUAUCACAGAUGCCCGUCAGGUUCAAGACUUUCAAGAUGAAGAUCCUGAAGUCGGCUCUCUUUCUUUGUGUGCUGUUCCUUGUUUUCAUUGCAGGUAAUUUAUUCAGUACGUUUUAAACAUCUUUCUUUUCUUUCUUUUUUUCUGCAUCACUUUUAACAGUCAGUUAAAAAAAAUUAACAGUGAUUGUCUUUUUAAAUGUUGUACUCAAUAUAAAUCUGUUCUUAUUUUUACUUCUCUUCUAAUUUGAUUGUUUUUUUAAUCAUUUUUUAAAGUGACCUCUGUCCGAGUCUUUUAAAGCUUUUUUUUUUUUCUUAAUUUCUAAUUACAGACUUGCCUUAAAUUUUAAUUGUUACUUGCAAAGUUUGGUGAUGACAUCCAGACACAAACAAAAUUUUUUUAUUCAUGUAACUCUCCCAAAAUUGACUUCAAACACUUUUCUUACAAGGGUUUUUAGCCUUUUUGAUUAGUCAAAACAACUGACACUUUUUCUGCAUCACUUUAAGUUGUAACUAAAGAAAAAAACAAACAAACAAACAAAAACAGUUAUUGUUUUUUUUUUUUUUUUCACGGUGUGCUCGAUAUAAAUCUGUUCUUAUUUUAACCAAUAAAAAUUUACUCCUCUUAUCUUCUUAAUUGAUAAUUUUUGUCUACAAAGCAAUAAUAUUUCAAAGUGACCUUGGUCCGAGUCCUUGAAGGCUAUUUUGAAUUUUUAUUCAAAGACUUGCUGUUUAUUUUCUUUUCAUUGUUAUGAACAAAAUUUGGCGAUGACAUCCAGACACAAACAAAAUUUUUCAAAAAUAUUGUUUUUCUUUUCUUCCAAGGACUUUAAACCCCUCUGAUUGGUCAGAACGACUGACUUUUCUGCAUCAUGAUUAGCCGUCAGUAACAAAAAAACCAAAACAGUGAUUGUCUUUUUUCACGGUGUGCUCGAUAUAAAUCUUUUUUCUUAUUUAAGACAAUAAAAAAUUAAUCUUCUUAUUCUCUUAUUUGAUUGCUUUUGUCUACAAAGCAAUAAUAUUUCAAGGUGACCUUUGUCUGAGCUUUUUAAAGCUUUGUUGUUGUUUUUUUUAUUUCUAAUUACAGACUUGCCAAAAAUUUUUAUUGUUACAAACAAAAUUUGGUGAUGACAUCCAGACACAAACAAAAUUUUUCAAAAUUCUGUUUUUUAAUUAAUGUAACUCUCCCAAAAUUGACUUCAGACACUUUUCUUCCAAACCUGUGACAAAGUUAAACUGAUGUAAAAUGAAUAAAAAGGAGCAGGUUGGUUUUAUUUUAGUGAUAUUUUCUCUUAAACUUCAUUAUUUAAGUUUGUCUCUUAUAUCUUCUCAGUUUCUUCCACACCUUUGCCUGAUGAGAAAGUAGACGCUCAGAAUGGUAUUCAUCUCAAUACAAUUCACAAUAUUUAUAUUGAAGUAUUCCAAAUAUUUAAUUCUCAAUUAAAUGAUUAAAAAGAAACCGAAUCAUAACUUUUAUGUAUUAUUUUUAAAACUUUUUAUUUUCAGCUCUGGAAUGUUACACUGGUGUGUCUUGCUUCCUCAUCGCUCUGGCUGGUGGACUAGCCUGUGGUGUUCUAACGUCAGGAUGUAUUUUAUUUGUCCAGUGGAAAACCAAAUCAGAAAACAGUGAGUAACAAUAAACGUGUUAAAAUCACAGUCUGUUUUUUAGAGAAGUUUAUCAUCAAACUGAACUUAAACUGGAAGAUCCUUUGUUGGCAUUAAUUUCAUGUUUUCUCUGUUUUUUCUCUGAUCUUGCAUGGACCUCCAAAAAAGGUACCGCUUCAAAAAAGCUCCAAGAAGAAUCCCUGACGAUUCAAGAAGACCGGGACAUUUGGAAAGCAGAUCUGACUCGGUGGGAGGAGCAGAAGACUGGACUGAAGAAUCUGCUAAAUGAGUUCAGGGAUCAGGUGAGGAAAGCAGAGUGGAACAGGGAGAAAAAUAAAGCCAGGAUCAAGUCAGUGGAGAUGGAAAUAACCCAGAGUGAAAGGGAGAGAGCCACAGACAGAACCGAGGAGUACCUGAGAGAAAAACAGAGACUGCUGGAUGCUCAGGGCGAACUGGAGAAGAGAAAAGAAGAGCUGGAGGAGCAGCAACUCAACAUCGAGAGACUUUAUCAGAGAGCAGAGGGAAUGGUCGACACCGUGAGAGGGAGAUGAAGGAGGAAAGACAGUGAAAGGAGCCAGAUUAAUCAGCAGCUAGAAGAUCUAGAACGUCAGGAUGAUUAUGCUAACCUUCACUGAGAGUGAAACAUAAACACAGCCAACCAUUUAGACACCAAUGAACCUCUUACUUCCUCGCUGACUCACCAUGUUUAAAACUUGUAAAUUUGAAUUUUAUGCUCAAAAUAAUUUGAUUUAGUUUUUCUUCUCCACAAACACUGUAGGUCGUAAUCAUGACUGCAACUAUAGAGAAUAAUAAAGACAUUUAUACUGCAGGCCACAGCACUGUGCACCAGGUGUGGAUAAGGGUAAAAAGAGCUCAGUGACUUUUAAUUUGAUGAUUUGUACAACACUGUUCAAAAAUGUUAUCAUGUCUUUAAUCAUUUUUGACACAAACAGCUAAGUCCAGAUUGAUGUUGCUGGUCCUGGGACUGACUUAGACUGUGUUUAUUCCUCUGUAUGAUUAUCUGUUUCUUCAGAUAAAUAUUUUUUUGUAUUCUUGUUGCAAGUCAGUUUUAAAAUGGUUUACGGAUGGACUCACUACAAUUGAAAUAAAUUAAAAUGAGAAAUACAAAAAAAAAAAAAGGAAAUUAAAUUUAUAAAAUUAAUUGAAAAAUUAUUGAAAUUAAAUAAAUAGAUAAAUAAUAACUGAAGUAAAUAAAUACCAUAAAACAAUAAAAUAUAAUGAAAAAAUAAAGAAAUUAAAUAAAUAAUACCAAAUAAAAUUACAUGAAAAAAAAAAUAAAUAAAUAAAUGAAAUAAAAUAAAUAAAUAUUUUAUGAAAUAAAAUAAAAUGAAAAAAAUAAGAAAUUAAAUAGAAAAAACAAAAGAGUAAUAUAAAAUAAAAUUACUUGAAAUUGAUUAUAUAAAAUAGAACAAAAAUAAAUGUGUGGCAAAAUAAAAGUGUGGCAUUUGCAUUUGUUUUUUUUUUGUUUGUUUAGUUUUAGCAUUUUUAUGCUUCUAAGAUUUAAAUAAUCUAAGAUAUAACCAUUAUUAUUAUUAUCAUUAUUGUUGUUAAUAUUUCAGCAGUUCAUUGACUUUAUGUGACUCCCAUCGUCCAUCUGCAUGUGCUACAAAAAAAUAAUAAACUACUGCGCUCCAUCAUCUGGUUGGAUCAAUGAUUUCUUUGUCGGAAUAUAAAUGUCCUAUUGUUUAAAUUUCAUCACUGAAAUAAACUCAUUACAACCUCAGUGUUCUGAAUCUGGUUUUCACUGUCACUGAUCCUGAAUCAGUUACUCAUUAACUCGACCAUGUGAUCAGGAUAAGGCCUUUAUUGACCCUGAAACCGACUGUAGAGGCAGGGCAGCGUUUAGAGAGAAAGUUUUUUUAGAUUUGUUUUACUUGUAUUAGUCUGAAAUAAUAAACAGCCUGUAAGUAAGAGCAGUCAGUCCAGUCAGAGGUACACGCCCUGGGACAAGUUGAAUUAAUUUACAGAUGUCGGUCGUACAACUGCUUACAGGGAAACAGCAGGUACGUGUCUCUUUUUUUACUCUUUAUUCUAAUAUUUCUGCGUCUUUUCUCCAAGUUUUCUGUGAAUUUAAGUGAACAGAUCUUUUACAAAGUCAAUAUAAAUGUGAGUAUCUGAGUCUUAACGGAGUGUGUUCAGUCCAGCAGAGGUUUCAGCGGUAGAAGAUUUCCUCAAAGAUCUUUUUUAACAGAUGAAGUUGACUGAAUUUUCUCUCUCAGGAUGUUUUGUAUCAUGGAUGGCGUUUUCUCCAGACCGCUCUUUUUCCACCGGGCUUUUGUUUUCCAGCUCAUUGUGACGCUCCUUCUGUCGGCAGACUUUUGUACAGGUAUCUAUCAUACAAAUAUUUAAGUCAGACUUGUGCAAGAAUCUCAUCGCACCAUUUGGAAACGUGUGUUUCUCCAGGCCAGACUCAGGAAGACGGACCCUCUCAGAAGGUCGUGGCUUCAGUUGGAGAUGAUGUGAUCCUGCCGUGCCACCUCGAACCUGCGGAGGAUGUUGUUUCAAAGAGCGUGGAGUGGGGCAGACUUGACCUGGAACCAAGAUUUGUCCAUUUGUGGGAUGAAGGUCAUGACCUUUUGACAAACCAGAACCCGUCUUUCAAAGGAAGAACUUCGAUGUCCGUGGAUAAACUGAAGUAUGGAGACCUUUCGCUGACGCUGUCUUCAGUCCAACACUCUGAUAACGGAGAAUACAGAUGCUACUUUCCUUUAAAAGAUCGAAUAUCCAUGGUGGAGCUCGUUGUUGGUGAGUCUUUACGUGUUUUAAUUUUCCCACUUUCCCAUAACUCGGUGUUUUUAUGACCUCUGAUGAAGCUGCACUUCCAAAAACCGUUUUUUUGUUCAGCUGAUGUCCGUCUUGAGUCUCAUUUCAUUUGAGAAAAUGAUGUUUAUAUUCAACAUGUCACUGCUCAGCUUUACAACAGUAACCACAUCUUUUAGACCAAGAGAGGGCGCCAAACACAAGAAGACUUUUAGGUUUCCAUCCCUGAUGAAGAUGACAGUUUGUGCUUCUUGUCUCCCAUCCUCAGGUUCCUCCUCCUCACCUUUCUUGAGGUUUUUUUGUCCAGAUUGUUGUCGCUGGCCCUGGGACUGACUUUGACUGUGUGUAUUCCUCUGUAUGAUUAUCUUUCUCUUCAGAUUUUUUUUUUUUUUUGUAUUCUUGUUGCAAGUCAGUUUACAAAUGGUUUAUGGAUGGACUCACUACAAUAAAAAUAAAAUUCAAUAAAAAAAAUUCAACUAAAGAAAUAAAAUAACUAAUAAAAUAAAUAAAAAAAUACUAAAAAAAUAAAAUACCAUAAAACAAUAAAAUAAAAUAAAUAAUUUAAGAAAUUAAAUAAAUAACGAAUAAUACUAUCAAAUAAAAUUCCAUGUAAUAAACAUAAAUUAAUAAAAAAUUAAUUAAUUAAAGUAAAUAUAUCAAUUAAUAAUCAAUAAAAUGAAAAAAUAAGAAAUUAAAUAAAAACAAAUAAAUAAUAUUUAAUUAAAUAACAUGGAAUUAAUUUUAUAAAAUGUAACAAAACUGAAUAAAAUUAAAAAAAUAAAUUUUAAUCAAAAUUAAAUGGAAUUAAAUAAAAUAAGUACUGGAACAAUAGUGAAACCUUAAACAACAUUAAGUUUAAGUGUGGCAUUUGUAUUAUUAUUUUUUGUUUGUUUGUUUGUUUGGUUUUAUUUUUUAGCAUUUUUUAUGCUUCUAAGAUUUAAAUAAUUUAAGAUAUAACCAUUAUUAUUAUUAUCAUUAUUGUUGUUGUGACUCCCAUCGUCUAUCUGCAUGUGCUACAAAAAAAUAAUAAACUACUGCGCUCCAUCAUCUGGUUGGAUCAAUGAUUUCUUUGUCGGAAUAUAAAUGUCCUAUUGUUUAAAUUUCAUCACUGAAAUAAACUCAUUACAACCUCAGUGUUCUGAAUCUGGUUUUCACUGUCACUGAUCCUGAAUCAGUUACUCAUUAACUCGACCAUGUGAUCAGGAUAAGGCCUUUAUUGACCCUGAAACCGACUGUAGAGGCAGGGCAGUGUUUAGAGAGGAGCGACUUGAAAGCUUUUUUUCUACCUGUUUUACUCGUAUCAGUCUGAAAUAAUCAACAGCCUGUAAGUAAGAGCAGUCAGUCCAGUCAGAGGUACACGCCCUCAGACGAGAGUCAAAGUCUGUUUUAAAUUGAUUUAUAGACGUCGGUCGUACAACUGCUUACAGGGAAACAGCAGGUACGUGUCUCUUUUUUUACUCUUUAUUCUAAUAUUUCUGCGUCUUUCCACGAAGUUUUCUGUGAAUUUAAGUGAACAGAUCUUUUAAGUCUGAGAGUGCAGUCUGAGCACAGCUGAGGAAACGUCUCCUGACUUUGAGUCAUACUGACCACCGUUCCUGUCAGCCUCUCCGGUACAGAGUCAGUCGCCUUGAUAGUUAAAAUAUCUCGUUAGCUGGAGAAAUCGACACCAAUCAAUCAAUAUAAAUGUGAGUAUCUGAGUCUUAACGGAGUGUGUUCAGUCCAGCAGAGGUUUCAGGGUUAGAAGAUUUCCUCAAAGAUCUUUUUUAACAGAUGAAGUUGACUGAAUUUUCUCUCUCAGGAUGUUUUGUAUCAUGGAUGGCGUUUUUUCCAGACCGCUCUUUUUCCACCGGGCUUUUGUUUUCCAGCUCAUUGUGACGCUCCUUCUGUCGGCAGACUUUUGUACAGGUAUCUAUCAUACAAAUAUUUAAGUCAGACUUGUGCAAGAGUCUCAUCGCACCAUUUGGAAACGUGUGUUUCUCCAGGCCAGACUCAGGAAGACGGACCCUCUCAGAAGGUCGUGGCUUUAGUUGGAGAUGACGUGAUCCUGCCGUGCCACCUCGAACCUGCGGAGGAUGUUGUUUCAAAGAGCGUGGAGUGGGGCAGACUUGACCUGGAACCAAGAUUUGUCCAUUUGUGGGAUGAAGGUCAUGACCUUUUGAUAAACCAGAACCCGUCUUACAAAGGAAGAACUUCGAUGUCCGUGGAUAAACUGAAGUAUGGAGACCUUUCGCUGACGCUGUCUUCAGUCCAACACUCUGAUAACGGAGAAUACAGAUGCUACUUUCCUUUAAAAGAUCGAAUAUCCAUGGUGGAGCUCGUUGUUGGUGAGUCUUUACGUGUUUUAAUUUUCCCACUUUCCCAUAACUCGGCGUUUUUAUGACCUCUGAUGAAGCUGCACUUCCAAAAACCGUUUUUUUUGUUCAGCUGAUGUCCGUCUUUGAGUCUCAUUUCGUUUGAGAAAAUGAUGUUUGUAUUCAACAUUUACAAGAGUAACUACAUCUUUUAGACCAAGAGAGGGCGCCAAACACAAGAAGACUUUCAGGUUUCUAUCCCUGAUACUUACAGUUUGUGCUUCUUGUCUCCCAUCCUCAGGUUCGUCCUCCUCACCUGUCGUUCACGGUGUUGAUAAAAACCCUGACGGAGUGACGUUACAGUGUCAGUCUAAAGGCUGGUUCCCACAGCCUGUGGUGUUGUGGCUGGAUGGUGAUAGAAACCUCAUCUCUGCUGGACCUACAGAGGCAGCCGAAGGUCCUGGUGGUCUCUACACCGUCAGCAGCAGACUGACUGUGGACAAAAGUUCAACAUUUAUCUGUAGAAUCGAACAGGUGACGGUCCAACAAGCCGGAGAGACUCAGAUUCACAUUUCAGGUGAUUUUUUUAAACAUAUUUUUACUUUUCUUACAGCUGACAUGGUUUUGUAGAUCUGAUGUUGUGUUUUGUUGUUUCAGCUGGAUUCUUUACGACCUCUAAUGCUGAAUCAGCUCGUCUCGGCAUCAUAGUCAUUAUUUUGGUCGGGUUGAUUUCUGCACUCGUCUUUGGCUUUGGUUUGUGGAAACUGAAACAAAAUCGGAAAACAGGUCAGUCCUCACCAGUCAUCAUUAAAACACCUCAAAAUAAAAGUUCUGUGAUUGAUUGAAGUGUACACUGUAAAAGUAAUAAUAAUAUCAAUGAUAAUAGUAAUAGUGUUAGCUUUGACAGUGAAGUGGGUUUUUUUCAUGUUAAUAAGUGAGAUGAGCAGGAUGUGCUUCUGUGGUUCAUUCACAUUUACCUUGAGUAAGAUUCUAGCCUCUGAUUGGUUAGUGCUGUGACAUGUGAUCAGGUUGGUAAAGAAGUCAAGUUGUUGUCAUGCCGAUGAAGCUGAAACGUAUAAAUACUGCUUUCUUAUCAUUAGGGUGAUCCAACAACCUCACAUCAGACCCUCACAUUACAAAAAUAAUAACAAGAAUGAUAAUUGAAUUACAAACAAUGAUUAGAAUAAAAAUAACAUUGAUAUUAAUAAUAAUAAAAAAUAAAAAUUAGAAUAAUAAUUACAACAAAAAAUAAUAAUUAAAAAAAUAAUAAUAAUAAUAAUAGUGACACAAAAUAAAUAUUUAAAUAAUAGUUAUAAUUGGAAUAAUAAUAAUAGUAUUGUUAAUCAUAGUAUUAAUUAAAAAAAUAAUAAUUGAAAUAAUAAUAUUAGUAAUAGUAAUAUUUUUGAUAUUAGUAUAAUAAUAAUAAUAAUAAUAAUACAAAAUAGUAAUAGUAAAAGUGAUAUUAAUAAGAAAAACAAUUAUAAUUGAACUAAUAAUAACAAAAAUGAUAAUAAUAAAAACCCAUUAUAAUUCAUUUUCUUAUUAUCAUUAUUAUCAUUAUUAUUAGUAUUAUUAUUAUUAUAAGUAGAGGUAGUAGUAGUAGUAUUAUAUCUAGUAUUAGUUUUAUUAUACAAAAUCAUAAUUUUAAUAAUUUUAAUAAUUACAAUGAUAAAAAAUUUAAUAUAAACAAUACAUUUAAUUGAAAUAACAAAAGUAAUAAUAAAAGCUAUAGUAAUAGUAAUAAUAAUGAUGAUAUAAGUAUUAAUAAUAAUAAAAUUAAUAAUUAUUAUUAUUAUUAUAAAUAUAAUUAUGUGGUUAGAAAAUACUAAAAAUAACAGUAAUUAAAAUAAUUAUUUUUAAUAUAAUAUACAAUUAUAAUUAUUAAUAAUUAUAAAUUAAUGAAACAACAACAAUACUACUACUGCUGAUUAAUAACAACAACAAUAAUAAUAAUAAUAAUAAUGUGUAAGUUUAAACAUCAUUACAGAGUUUGGUGAAGACUGUUAACUGGUCCAUGGUGCACUCAGAGUCCUGCUCUGGGAACCCCGCCCACUCAUCACCUUUUUUCAAUCAAAGUUUUAGUUCUGUUUAAUGUCAUUAGAAAAUUAUCCUAUUUUGUCGUCUUCUCUUUCGAUAAAGCAGCAUCUUCACUUUUUAACUUUGACUCUGGUUUUUAAAAUACAAAAUAUUUAAUUUCCUCUUUCUUAAACUCACAGAGUCAGAGAACAAUCAAGAUAGAGCUGAAGAGAAGGAGAAGCUCAUGUCAGAAAGAGAACAGAAACUGGAGGAUUUGGAGGAGGAGAAGAGAGAGCUUGAAAAAGACCUGCAGAGAAAUGAGAGAGAAGAGAAGAACUUGGAACAGAUGGUUCAAAAACUGAAGGAGAAAAACCAAGAAGUGCACAAACAAGUGGAUCAACUCAAAGAGCAAGAGGAGAGCAUGGAGAAGGUCACCGGAUUCAUCGAGGAUAAGUUUCAGUUAGCUGAAAGGGUGGUAGAUAGUGACAAAAGUCAGGUAUUCACCAUGAUGAAAAACGUCGCGCUGGAAGCUCAAAAACAUCUGCAGAGAGGAAAAACUGAAUACGAGACCCUUCAAAUGAAAACACAAGAGUUUCAGAACAUAACAGAUGCUUUAGAAAAAAUAGUGAAGGAGAGGAAGGAGGCGCUCAAGAACAACAAGAAAGAAAUCUAUGAACGGCUGAAGACGAUUCAAAAGAAACUUUCACUGAGAAUAUCAGAAAAACAGAACUGUUGACGUGUUUCUAAUCCUUCCUGAUCAGUGAAUGUUUUUACUUUCUCAAAGGUUUGCACUAUUAAAUGUUGUCAGGAUGAUCUGCUGUAAUACUGUGAUUGUGAACACUGACUUUGAGUUUUGUGUAGUUUUACAGUUUGGAUUUUUAUACACACUUUAGAGAGUUCAACUGCUUAUUUUUGUUUCUUGUACAACAAAGAUCGUAAAAUAAUUUAGUGUAUCGAGUAAAAAUAUGGAUGAAGGGACAGAGACAGAAAGGGACAAUGCAGUUUGAACAAAGAGGAGAAGGAGGAGUUUGAAUCUCUGAAGGAGGAGAUUUUGAGGAGUUUGUUUUUACUGCACUUUUAUUAGACCGUCCAUUUUUGGUCACGAGGUUCACAAGUGUUUGUUUUUACUGAAAACUGUCAUUGUACCAAAAAUAAUAAUGCAUUAAAAUCAAUACUUUUAUCAAUUAUUGACACGGUCUGGGCUGUUAUAUCUUUAUCAAAAAUAUUUCACUUUGCACCUCAUUUUUGGAAAUAUUGCUUAUUUUGUGUUUCUCCCAUAAAAAAAAAUCUGGGUUCUCUCGACAAAAGAUGCUAAAAACCUAAAAAGAAUCUAAAAAAUUAUAAGAAACUUUUUAUCUAUCGAUAGGUCUGAAGAUGUUGACAAGAUGUGAUGCUUUAAAAGUAAAAAAAUAUGAAUGUAUAAUGUUUUUACUGCACUUUUAUUAGACGGACCGUGUCAGUAAACUUUAAGGGGUGCACAAGGGUUAAAGGAAAUAUUUUGAGUGGAAUGCCCUUUAAAUUUUACAGUCGAGGAUCAGGCUUCAGUACACUUCAGUUCAGAUUAAGAUCCCCAUUUGUAGUCAGUGGGAACAUCUGCUGGCAGCUCUGUGAAUUGCAUUAAAAAAUAUGAUUUUAAAAAGUUUAGCUCUGUAUCUGGUCACCUGGUGGCGCUACAGUCCCAGAACCUUUAACUAUCUCUACCAAGAAUAAAAACAGGAUGACCAGAGAUGAGAAGAUGAAAAGCAGAGGUAAUCUGGCUUCAAGCCUAAUGAUAAAAUAAUAAUAAAUAAAAAAUGAUAAAGCAGUCAGUUUAAUAUCAGUCUGUCUAAAAUACAGUUGACAGAUGCUGAUUUAAAUGGAUUAGUCUUUUUAUUUCUACCAUCAUUAAUUGAACCAAGAAAUUAAAUUAAAUUCUGUUAAAAGAAUGUGGACCAACAAAUUCGUAGUCUGGUCAAAAUCCUGAUAAGAAUAUAUCAGACAGGUUCCUCUAAUCAAUAUUUUAUUGAUGGAGACUGACAAAGAUGCUCAUAAACUGUUAAGGUUGUAGGAGCUCUCCUUUGGUUUUGUUUGUCGUUACUUUUUGAUUGGUGUGAUAUUAAUGAGAGCUGAUGUAUUUUUAAUAUUUUGUCUUUGUCUUUUAUAAACAAAAGUAAAUGUAUUCUGCAGAAAGGACAAUAAGAUCAGUAACUGUUAGUUUCAAAAGUGAAGUUCAUGGUCUGUUCUGCAAAGUAACUGACUUUCACAAAGUGAACCACAACCCCUUAUCAAUAGACCUGUGAGGAUGAUGUGGUUGUUUCACACAGCAUUUGUAAAGCUCAGACGCUCAGUCAAAAAUAGGAGUGACAGACUUACAACCAUACAGAGAUGAUGUGAUCAACAAACACCAGAAAUAUUCGACCUAACCUUCACCUCAGAGGCAGUGACAUGUGAUGGAGUACAUCUAUAGAUCAUUUUCAGUUCGUCUGCUUCAGGUCAAACUGCAGACGCAGACAUAUGUUGGUGACAGACCACAGGGAGAGUAUUUAAAGACUGCUAUAGCUUCACCUGUGGGAAUGGAAACAGUGUGGUGUAACUGUGACAUCUCAAACCACCACCCUCCUCAAACAAAAGCCUUGAGAUGAGAGUCAGUGAAAACCCCGUUGACCCAAAUGCUUUAACCCCCUGAAUUAUUCUUCCAUGAAUAUGUUUUCUUUCUCCACAAGAUGUCCCUUAUUUCAGUUUGUUAAACAUCAUUUGAUCCGAGUCUAACCUGGACUAACUUUUAUGGAAAGUUCAAUGAAUCUUGCGCUUGCCGAUUGGUCAAAAAAACAGCACAACUUCACGCUUCUCCUUGUGCAAAUGUAUAUGCUCUUGUGGACCUGCGAGAAACAAACGACUUUCAUUAGAGAGUGCGACAUAUUUCAGUUUUAUGAAUUUGACAGUAAGUGAUUUUGUCAGUCAGUGAAAGUAUGAAACUUGUAUUGGCUGGUUUACACCAGUGAUCGUGACGGACAUACCUCGGGUUUAUGGUCUAAUGAACUACAGCUUUGUCUCUUGUUGCUGCUGAUCUGGUUCUGCUCCGAUCUGCAGAAAAAAAUAAAUAAAUAUAAGAGCAAAUAUCUUCUUUGGAUACAUAACAUUUCAUAGAAUCCUACCUCAUACUGCCCCCACCACAGUACUGUUUAUUGUUAUUAUUACUAUUAUUAUCAUUAUUAUUGUUAUAUAAAAAUAGUCAUUCAUUCAAUGACUUUCUUCAAACUUAAAUCUAUAGUCACUUUUAAAAGUCUUCACACUACGACACACCUUAUCUCUACAAUAACUUUGUUCACCAAAGUAAACAAACUUUAGUUUAAAUUUUAUAUGUAGAGCAAUAUUUAAAAUGAUUUACCUCCUUUCCUCUCAAAUUUGUAACAACAGCAUAUGUGGGCACGCUUGUGUCUGCAGUACUUUGCACACCUUUAGUCCUUUAUUUAUGUGGUUAAUUGUCUCAGUAAUUUGCAUUUCCAACACAUUGCCAACUCAAUAAGACAAAGUAACCAAUCGAACCUCUGUAGCAUUGACACAUUUGAUAGGAUUCUUGAUUUACUGACAGUAAAUACCCACCAAGCAUUUUUUGGUCUAAAGAGGUCUAAAUGUAGCCUAGACGACUGGUCUAAAAUCAGACUACCACAGGUCUAAAAAUGAAAGAUUUUUAGACGUGUAAAUUUAGACCAAUGUUAGACUAGCUGGCGAUACUAUAGUACACAGUAUAUUCCUUAAUGGCUAUCAUAAUUAUUUUGGUUAAGUACUUGGAGAUCAGUUAUGCAACUCACAGUUACUUUUUGAAAUAAAUAGUUAUCGAAUAAUGAUUUAAAGUGCAACGUCUAAAAAUGUACAGAAGCUAGAUGGUUGAAAUUAGGUCUAAAAAAAUCUAGACGUCUAAUAGCUGUCCUUUCCUCAGUGGGUAUGACAUCAACCUAAAAAGGCACAACAUUGCCAAUACAUUUUUAAUUUGUCCAAGAAUCCUGACAUCUCUGUCCUCCUCUCAACAACAUUUCACUGAGCUAUUUUUUUCUGUUCUCAUUGAUAGCUGCAUAUUCCUGGUUACCAGAAUUCAAACAUAUAUAACCUUACAGGGACAGCAUGCUAAACAUUUCUUUACAAGAAUAAUGUUACCUUUGUUCUUCAGACGGCAAAGAAGGCCCACUAUCAACAGAAGUCCAGCCAGGACCAAAAAAGCCCGAAGAGCCAGUAAAACCAAAGAGUAAUGAGAAAAGCCAUCAGAUUGGUCUUGGAUCUCUGUGGCUGGUAAAUCUGCAUUUGAUCAAACAUGAACACACAAAAUUUGGGGCGAAUUUAAAGUUCAGUGUAUUACUUAAUACAUUCCUAAGUCUAUAUAAUAUUUAUAAUAUCCCUAAUAUCCCAAAUGUACCCGGUCCAUUAAAACUUGUUCAAACUGCCGAAACUCGAGUAUAUAGUUUUCUAACAUUGGGAAAAAGUCUCACCUUUCACAGACAGCCAGCUCUCUUCUGAUUCUCCAGCUCCUGAAAUGCUGCAUUUAUAGAGUCCUUCAUGAGAUUUAGAGACAUUACUGAUGAGAAACUCUCCUUUGUAUCCUGUUGUGAUGAGUUUGUCAUCUUUAAAGAAUUCAGCUGCCAAAUUUUUUACAGCCAUCUUUUUCCUGCAAGUCAGACUGACGCUGUCACCCUCCGUCACGGGACCAAUGGGACCCUCCAGGAUCACAUUUCCUGCUGAACAACAAAGUAUUUACACUUCUGAAUUAAAAAGUCCUUCAAGGCUCACAUAUGUGACAUUGACUAAACAUGUAUUGACUGAUGAACACUUUUCAAUGGUCCUUACUGGUGACUGUGAUGUUGACACUGCUGGUUCUGUCCUCAACGUCAUUUUCACACCAGUACUCUCCACUGUCUGAUGCCAAGGCGAGUCGGAUGUUAAAGGACCCUGUGGAGGUUUCCCACUUGAGAGCGUUUGUUGUAUUUUCUCUCAGCUUUCUCAUCACUCUCCAUUCAGAUGAGAAAUCCAGAUUAUUACAUUUAAACUGGAUGGAUUCAUACUCAAAAAACUGCAGUCUGCUUGGAUCAAAAUGAGGAAAACCAGCAUCUGUAACAAGCGCAAGAGAAAUAAAACAAACAUAUUAUAUAAAAGAUACUUUAACAACGUAGUUCACACUUUAAAACCCAAUAAAAACACUCAAAUCUCAUCACCAACGAUGGCUAAAAGUAGUGAAUAUAUAAUCUAGGACUUUGCUUGAAAAGUGAAUAUUUAAUAAAAUAUAUUUUGCAUAUACCCAGCUGCAGUUUUUUAUUAGUUUAUCAUUAUUUUACAUGUGUGUGAAAGAAUUAACUUACAGAUACUUACCAGCUUUUUCAGCAAAAUAACAUUUCUGAGUUUGAAUAGCAAACAGCAGAAUCACAUUCACCCCUGGAGACACAAAUAUACGUGUUAAUACAGAUGAACGUGUGAAUCUGUCAUGUGAUACUGAAAUGCUGAAACAUAGUUUGUGAUGUCAAGAUGGAGCAAACAGACAAAAAGACUUAGUAGUACUCACACCGUCCGCUGCAGAAAGCUUUCACUUCCAUUUGGUCUCGCGGCUGAACGUUUACUGAACAUCGCGCUAAAGUACAACAGAAUCAUCGAGCUAAGACCCUCCUCUUCUUCUCGAGAGGCACCAGAUCAGAGAGUUGUUUCUUGAGUUAAAGAUAUAGAGGGUAUCAGCAGAGCCGAUUCUAAAGUGUGCUGGGGGCCAAGCAAAAAUUGUCAAGGGGCCCCUCUGAGAAGCGGUGAACAUAAAUUAUCUGAAACCAACAAAAGGGGUCAGAAACAGAUACUUUUAAAAUCAAUUAUCAUUCUUACUAUAUAACUUGAAAAAUGUGCUCUGAAAUAGCUACAGUUCUGGAAUGCUUUUACCGUAAUAGCCAGCAUCUCACCCUUAUUCAAAGAUUCAAUGUCUGAGAUUCACUUCAGUAUGUUAUAAGCUUUAAAGUCGAUGUUUUUUUUUAUGUAAGAAAGAACUCUGUCUAAACUUAGAUCUAAAUUUCAAAGCAUCAGUAGAGUAAGAGUUAAGCUAGCUAAGACACAACUUACAUUUAUAGCAUUCUAUUAACAUUGAAAGUUGUUGUCUGGGUUAGCUGCUUUUCCCUGUCUAAAUCUCUCCCUUAACAGUGUUCUAGUUACUUUGGUGAAGUUUCAGUAUUGUACCUUACAACCGGACUUUCUCUCUGUCGGCGAACCCAGCAAGACGGUGCGGGUGUGUCACAACACGGUAACAGCGAGCUAACGACGCGGGAACCCGAGGCUAGCAUCUCCCGCUAAGCUAACACGGCUAACUAAUAAACAGUUAACAGCCAGCCUCACACCUAAUGCUGGUUAAAGUUUUUGACACAAUUCGCUAUCUGCUCCACUUACCGCUGUCUUACUUUCUCCUUAUUUCCUUCUCUUUUUCUCCUCACUCCCUGAUAAGUAGCUCCACUUCACGGCUCAUUUCGACGUUACUUUGAUUGACACAUUAUGCUAAGAUGGACGUCGGUCACGUAGCAGCAGGACAGGGAUGACAUGGGGCCCCUUUAGGGGGGGAACCGUCUAAGGCUCUGUCUCAAUUCAGAGACUGCACAGGGCCGAGCGUUCUAUCGUUCUGUGGACUGGAGUACCCUGUGUGAGAUGGUCCGGUUUUUGUGAAUUGGGACGGUCUACACUUCAGAGGACUUCCCGGUUGAGUCGCCAAAUGUUCCCGCCCUCAGGCUCGACUUACGACUGACUUGAAAAAAACCCGCGGAGCAUUUAUUUUUUAAUCGUGCGACCAUGCACAGACACAAAACAAUAGAUACAUACAAGCACAGAUCAUUUCCACUAAAUUCCUCCAAUGAUUGUUUUGAAUGGAGUUUUAGGGCCAAAGUGCGAUUUUUUUUAAGACUCCAAGAUUAAUGUCGUGAAUUUACAAGAGUAAAGUCAUUAAUUUAUUAGAAUAAAGUCGAAAGGUUCCCUGUUAUUUCAGAGGAGACUUGUUAAAAUUAGGGCCAUGAAGCAUUUAAAGGAACUUUGCUUCAGUAUACAAGCCAAAUGGGACACCGUUAGCGCUGCGUGAUGACAUCACGCACACUUGAAAUGCACCGUUCAACAGUGCAGUCUCUGAGUUGAGACACAGCCUAAGAUGUCAUUGCAAAUUGACUGCUAGUUGCUAAAUGAGGUUGCAAUACUUCAGGAUACUUUUGGGGAGUGGGGUUUGUCAGCCGUUGGGGGCCCCCUAAUGGCCUGGGGUCCCAAGCAACUGCCUGCCAUGCUUGUUGUCUGGCUCCAGCUCUGGGUAUCAGACAAACAUGUAGAUAGACGGACAGUUAGACAAGGCUGGCUGACUUUCCUAAGACAAGAUAGACACAUGAAAAAGACAGUGUCAGGGACCAAGCAGUCAAGCACAAAACAAGUUCCAGAAAUAGAUGGAUUUAUUUAAAAAAAAAAAAUUUACAAAGCAAAUGACUGAAUUAAAUGAAAUCAAAGUUAUAGGGGCCUUAAAAGAGGUCAACAAAAUAUAACUCUACUGAAAAUAAGGCUAACGAAACGAGACAUCAACUCAAUUAACAGACCUGCCAGGAUAAGACAGUGUUGAUCAGACCACAUUUAACAAACAGGGGGAAACUACUGUAUAUAUACACAAUAAAGCAAACUAACACAAUAAAACCCUGGUCCCCCCAUGAUGUAAGAGCUCUUGGUCCAGUCUGUGGGAGGGACUUCAGCAUAAAGCCAUGCUCCACCCUCCGCCUCACCUUUUGUUUGUCCAAGGAGGAAAUGCCACCCCAGAAGCCAGGUGACUCAGAAACAAGAGAAAUGAAUUCAUACAAACAAAAUGACAAACAAUUUAUUUUCUGAGUAUGAGUGUGCUAAAAUGUCCCGCCAAACAUUGUACACUCCUCAUCACCAUGGCUGUUAUACAAACAGGAACAUGCAGCCUGUUUUAUUACAGUUCAAAGUUCACAUUAUUUUAUUUGAUGCUCAUACAGGGUGUCAUUUAUCAGAAUUACACUGACAGGGACGCUUUUUACAAGAGGUAUGUCCUUUUUAACUUUUACCUGUUUAAGACGUGUAUUUCAUUUUGAAUAAACAUUUAAAUAUGUGAAGAAUACUGCACUGCAAUAUUGUUGCCAACUCCCUUUUAUUGUCUUGCUUACGCUUGUGGUUUCCUGAAUUCUGUUCCGAGAAAGAAAAGACAUUUCAAGCACAGACCGUACUCUGAUAAAACAUAUUCAAGAAUAAAAGAACAUGUUUCAAAGGUCUGUGAUCUCAGUGCAUUUCUGCUUUUAACCAGAUGUGAUAAAACUGCCAGUUAUUUAAAGGAGAGAACAAAAGGUUAGAAAUGUUUUGAGUUCAAAGUGUAAUAUAGUCUGAAAGUAAGAAAAUUACACUCAGUCCUCAGUGACAUGUAUAAUGAGUUUAUCAGGGUAGAUUUGUCUGUUAUUAAUCUGUUUUUGACAAUGAUCCAAAGACUGACCUUUGGAAGUAAAGGAGCCAUUUUGAGUAGGUUAACAUUUCAAGUGCACAACAUGGCAGCGAUGGUGUUGAAUAUGCAAUGUGACUGAUACAACUUCCUGUAUGUCAGCUCCAUUUCUUCCAAAUGAUAUGAAAAAACAUGCCUAGAAUACUUUUUUCACUUUUAUUCAACUCUCAGCUUUACCAAUGUAACUCUUGUGCUUUUUAUCCUUUAAAAAAAAAGUAUGUUUUAUAUGUUUCCUUUUUCAGAAAACAAAGAUGCUUCCAUUGAAAGGACUGUCUGUCAAAGCUUUGGUUUUUCAACACAUCCUCAUUUUUCUACUGCCACAUAUCUUUCAAGGUAAAUAUUGUAAUAGACUAAGCUUAUGCUUGCAAGUACCAGGCAACUAUGCGGCACCACCGCUGUUUGUGUAUGGAUGUCAGCGUAUAAGUUAAACUUCUCGUGUAUUUGAACUUCAUUGUAUGGCUUAAGUAGUGAUGCUGUUGGAGUAACUAGAUUCAAAAUAAUCCUAUUUACUCAACAUGGACUAAUUAACAUUAUUCAAAUCAUAAUCAUAUCAAUCAAUGACAGUGAAGACACCAACCUCUCUAAAUGUUUAUAACCUUUUAUCUGCCAUUUGGACAAGAUUUGAUGCUCCUGACUUCUCUGCACUGACAUUUUAAAAUCUGGUUGUUUCCCCAACAGGUCUUUCUCAGGGUGUUAGUAAAUCCCCCCCAGUAGUGGCCUUAGUCGGUGAAGAUGUCAUUUUGCCAUGUCACCUGGAACCUGCAGCCGAUGCUGUCUCUAUGAUUCUGGAGUGGGGCAGGCCAGAACUGAAACCCAGAUUUGUCCAUUUGUGGCAUGAAGGUCAAAACCUUUUGGAUAACCAGAACCCAUCUUACAAAGGGAGAACGUCACUGUCCACUGACAAACUGAAACAUGGAGACCUUUCUCUGACACUCUUGAGAGUGAAAUUAUCUGAUAGUGGGACGUACAGAUGCUAUGUUCCAAAAAUAAACAGAGAAUCUACUGUAGAACUUAUUGUUGGUGAGUAAUUAAUCAAAGUAUUUAUUAUUGUGAACCACAUAUUGACAACAGAUUUGACUCGCUGUGUUUCAAUCAAAGUUCAUUUCUGCUGCUACAACAUCAGUUUGGUCACUGUAGAUAAGUGAAUAAGUGUACGACUGAAAGACACACCAACCCACAAAACCUCAGCUUGUUGUUUCAAUUAACAAUUUCACAGUAGCAAAGUUACUUACUUACACUUUGUGUCUGAAAUACGUUAUAAAUUGUUCCCUGUUGCUAACUUGAGUAUUUUUGUUCACAGAGAUGUUUUGUUUCUCUUUUCACAGGCUCAGUCUCCACACCGGUCAUAGUGGAGAUCAAUAUAAGCGGAGACAAAGAUGUUCUACAGUGUGAGUCUAAAGGCUGGAAUCCACCGCCUGAGGUGUUGUGGUUGGAUGGUGAGGGACACCUCCUCUCUGCUGGACCUACAGAAACAGUUCAAGGUCCUGAUGAACUCUUUAGUGUCAGCAGCAGAUUAACUGUGAAUGAAAGACAUGAUAACAGCUUCACCUGUCGAGUCCAUCAGAGGAACAUCAACCAGACUAGAGAGACACACAUACAGAUAUCAGGUGAGUUGUCGUUGCAGUGGCCAUUUGUUUGUUAAAAGUGUUUUAAUACACCUUUUUAUAACAAUAAUAAUAAUAAUAAUUAUUAUUAUUAUUACAGCUGAAUGCAGCACAAGUUUGUCGAACUCUGCGGCCCGGAUCAUUGUCGUCUUGGUGGCUUCCUGCUUAUGUAUCAGUGUAAUUGGCUUUUUUCUGUGGAAACGGCGACAGCCAACAGCUGGUAUGUUAAAAAUGUUUUUCCAUCCAAAAAUGAAAUUAAGCGUGAAAAAAUUUAUUUGAGAUGUAGGAUUUAUAUUUGUGUUGCUCAAAUCUGCUCCAUCAUACUUCUGUCCAAUCAAACUGUCUGUUUUGCAAUUACUGAUCAUGUCGUACAUUUCACAGACCUAAAGGAAGACAACAAACGCACAGACCAAGGAGAGAAGCUUUUAGGAGAAACAAUGAACAACGGUCCAAACCAGGGGGAGAAUAUAUUAGAAGAACAAAAGAACAUUCUGGAAACAUUGGAGGAACACAAGAAGAAUCUGGGGGAUCUGAUUCAAGAACUCAAAGAUCAAGAAAAAAAGAUGAAGGAAAAUAUAGAACAAACUGAGAAGAAGCUGGAGGUAGCUAAGAAUGUUGGAGAACAUAACAAAGAAAAGGGAUACUUUGAACUGAUGGAUGUAAUACUUUUGGCCAAGACAAAACUGCAAGAACGAAGACAAGGAGAUAGUCGAUUCGUAUUAAAUACUCAGAAAUUGUUUGAUAAAACAAACCAGUUGCAUUCUGACUUAAAAACUAAAAUGACACAAAGAGAUGGGAGCGGAGAUCCAAAUUAAGAAAAUUGGAGUGCAGCACAAGUGAGUGAGAGAAAAGUCUGACAUACUGAAGAAUCAACAUCUCAUUGGUAGUGGUUGUAUUAUCCUUUACCUGCACAAGAAACAGGAACAAAGGACCACUGUUAAUGUACGAGUCCAUGCAGCAGCUGUAAAGGUUCUGGUCUUCUGGUUGAUAACGUAACUGUAAUUGUGGUGUUGGCUGAUGUAUAAACACGUCUCCUCCUUCAAGAGAUGCUGGAAUAUCUUCAAGCAAAGAGGUGUGUUGAAUUCACGAUUUUAAUGGGUUUAUUUAUUACAACCCUCUUUACUACAACCACCACACGUACAACAGGGCUGGGCAACGAUGGGGACGCGGGACUUCGCUGUUUGCACAACAUCUAUCCAGAGUCCUUUGUCCAAACAGAACAUUAUUCUUUCUCAUGGACUCCUCAUAUGUCUUCAGAGAUGUGUGCUGUUACAUCAUUGCAUCCCGAUAUUACUCCAACAGGUUUUUAUAACGAGGUAAACAUGGUGCACCAAAUAAAUAUGAAGCAGCUGGUGACAGGAAAUGCAGUCAUAAUCAACCAUAUAUUUUAUAUCAACAACUCUUUCUUUCUUUGUGUUCUUAUAUUUAGAUUUUAAAAGCUCUGUUCAAUGCAGCUACCAGCUGUACAAUAUCCUGGUUUAUCAUUGCUCAAUGCAUCAUGUUUGUUAUGUGUCAGAUAUGCUGUAAUGUUAAUUUUGCUGUCUGAAAGUUAUAUUAUAAUCGUACUAUGACUUAGUGAUGAGUUUUGAUGCAGUUUGUGGACUUAUUUUUGGUUUUGCAAUAAAUGACCAUGAAAAACAACAAUGUGAUCUCGAUAUUUUGACUCUGUUUUUAUGUUCUCAGAUAUUUUUAACUCCCUGAAAACUCUUGUUCAUUUGAGGAAUUAUCAUUAAAAUAAUAAAAGCUGUAAAACCUCAGUGAGUCUAAACACACUGAUCCAAAACAGGGCUGAAAUAAGUCACGGGGAAAAAGCCAGCAUUAAAAGCCCAGCUCAACUGUCUGUCUAGCUUUUCAACAGGCAUAUGCUUGGGACCCCUGGCCACUAGGGGACUCCCAAGGGCUGACGAACCUUAUUCCCCAAAAAUGUCCUGAAAUAUUGCAACAAACAACCGGCGGUCAGAUUGCAAUGACAUCUUAGACGGAUCCCCCCCUUGAAGGGGCCCCAUGUCAUCCCUGUCGCGCUGCUACGUGACCGACGUCCAUCUUAAGUGGAGUGUGUCAAUCAAAGCAACGUCGAAAUGAGCCGUGAAAUGGAGCGACUUAUCGGGGAGUGAGGAGUGAAAGAGACGUAAAGAUAAAGAAAGAAGGAGAAAACAAGACAGCGGUAAGUGGAGCGGACAGCGAAUUGUGUCAAAAACUUUAGCAUUAGGUGUGAGGCUGGCUGUAAAUGGUUCGGUAGUUAGCCGUGUUAGCUUAGCGGGAGAUGUUAGCCUCGGGUUCCCGCCUCGUUUGCUCGCUGUUAGCGUUAAUUGACACACCCGCACCGUCUAGACAACAGAGAGAAAGUCCGGUUGUAAGGUACAAUACUGAAAUUUCACCAAAGUAACUAGAACACCGGUAAGGGAAAGAUUUAGACGGAAAAAACAGCUAACCCAGCUAACUUUCAAUGCUAAUAAAAUGCUAUUAAUGGAAUCUGUGUCUUAGCUAGCUUAACUCGGUCACUAUCGAUGCUUUGAAAUAUAGAUCUAAAUUUAGACAAUGUGCUUUCUACAUGAAAAAACUAUCAACUCUGGAGCUUAUAACAUACUAAAGUGAAUCUCAGACGUCAAAUCUUUGGAUAAGGGUGAUGUUCUGGCGAUUAUGGUAAAAAUAAACCAGAGUUGUAGCUAUUUUAGAGCAAAAUUUACAAAUUAUGUAGUAAAAAUAAUCAUAGUUUUUAAAAAUGUUCUGUUUCUGACCUCUAUUGUUGGUUUCAGAUAAUUUAUAUAAUUUAUGGAUAUAAUGAGAAGACAUAAUUUUGAAUUUCAGUCUAUUAAUUAGAGGUAAAAAAAAAGAAUUCCUCAUAGGACCAUUUACAAGAUUACUUAAACAGUGAAAGUUAAGAAGUCUGAAAUUAUCAGUUUCAGUUAAAAGCGGUGUCAAGAACUGCCAAACAUCUCACGCUGCUGUCAUGCACAGAUUUUACUCGAUUCGGCUUGUUUGAAUAGGGUUGGGGGGCCAUGUUAUAGCUGCACAUACAUUCAUAUGUGUAACCUCAGUAGUUAAAUGUGAAUGUGGUUGCUAUAGAGGCACUAAUAAGUUUUAAAAUAGGAAACUGAAACAUCUAAAACUAACAUUUUAGAGGUUGUAAGUGCAGAAAAAGAGCUUUAUUUUAUUGAGUAGUUGAUAUAUGUAUCUGUAGUGAAUUCUCCCAUGCUAUCACAAUGGCAGCAUCUGGUGGUCAAAAUAAAUGCUGCACCGCUAAAAGAAGUGACAGUUGCUGACAGGUGUGUUGGGAACACAGGUGUGCCUGCAGUAGGUCUGCACGAUAUAUCGUUUGAGCAUCGUCAUCGCGAUGUACGUGUGUGCGAUAGUCACAUUGCAGAGCCUGCGAUGUCGGAGGUGAAUGAACUCAGGUAAAUUCAAGGGUAACUGACUGAGAUACACUGCAUGUGACUCUGUUUUGUGAGGUGCAUGCAAUUCUCGGAGGACAUGCGUUUCUCAGUACCCCGGUAACAACAACAACGAUCGCAAACUGAGCAACACACAGAGAAAACCACAGAAGAUGAAGACUUGUUGCCAAAAAGAAAAGGAAAGUCAGUUAUCUGGAAUUAUUUCGGUUACAAGAUGGAUAAUGUCGACCAAAACACGUGUUCUGUGUUCAUCUGUCGCCACAAUAACUUCCCAGAACAAUAAAAGCUAAAAAUAUUUCUGAGACAGACAGAAGCCAUUCUAACAUUCACAAAAAGAGGUAAGAUCAGUGCAGGUUAACUGUCCUCAAGAUUUCAGCAGUGCAGCACCACAUUAAGUGCUAUUCAGGUCAUCUGGUGAACAUUCCUCUAUUUUUUAAUAUCGCAAUAUAUAUCGCAGGGUUGAAAAAAAUCGCAAUGUUAGUUUUUUCCAAUAUCGUGCAGCCUUAGCCUGCAGCCAGCAUUAAAGCCAAACUCACUCAAGCAGAGGACUCUGAUCUACAUCCACACCAAGGUCAUGCAUCCUUGAGCAUGUGUGAGACUGUUCAUCUUAAUUUGACUGCCUUAUCUUUACCAUAUUCAUAUUAAUGAUAAGAUUGGACUUUAUUGUUUAAAGCUGAUGUUAUCCUAUGAUUUCAUUUAUUCUGAUUGAUACAGUAACAAUGAUUAGAAUGGAAAUAAAUCCUCAAAAUAUUCUUCAACUGUCAUCGGCUCUUUAAUUUGAGAGAUUUUGAUUGUCAGCUCUAACUGGAACAAAACAGGUUUGAUUCUAAAGAUACUAUUAAAACUUAUCACCAGAAUACAAACAAAUAACAGGUCAAUAAUCAAUCAAGAUCAGAAAGAAGGGAUUCCCAUUUACCAACGUAGAGAAAACAUUUACUCCAGAUAUUGUGUUUCUGCAAAACCUAAUUUUUAGUUUUUUUGUUUUAGUUUUUGUAAUUUUGUGAGUUCACAAUAAUGAUCUCACAUUACAGACAUUUUAAAUGAACAAAUACAACCAGAUCACAUAAAACUUUAAGCAGGAAAAUAUGGACACCAUUAAUCAUGCAGUCAUUCCUUUUAUCCUGUAGAUGGCAGUAAAGUUCAAAAUGCAGAGCCAAAAGCAGUCAGUCAGAUCUCUACUGUUCCUGGUCUAAGAAAAGACAACAGGCCUGGAAAUUUUUUUUAUUUCGGCAGUCUGUUCUUCACACAGUGGAAAUUUUUAAUUUCUAGUGUUGAGUAUGACGAAAAAACACAAUUUUCUUGUUUGUCCACAUGGCUGACGGGAUAAGGAGACUGACUUGGACUUCUGGGGUGGUGGGUUUGGGCCUUAUUCAGGAAUGUGAAUUUUAAAGUCUAGUGUCUAAACAGUACAGUUAAAGAGGAAGCAAAUGGUAUAAUCCUGUGUGUCCGUGUGGCUCAGAGGAUAAGACCAUUGACUGGUACUCCUGAGGUCAUAGGUUCAAAUCUUACCUUGCCCAGUUCUAGCAGAAUUUUAAAGUCCACAAAGGACAGUGAUAUUUGUAUUUUUAAAAUACUGUGACAAGUGUUUGGCUGAUUAACACUGACUAAAGUUGAUGUGGAUGAGUCCAUACUACUGAAGCAAAUACUACCACCUGGAAAAUAACUCUAUAAAUCCAUAGCGUUCAAGUUUUUUUAAACAAAGGCUUACUUUUUCAUCUUGUAUGACACCCUAUUUUAUAUAUCUCCAUCUCCUUUUCUUUGACCCUUAAUUUCUGUUGACAUAGGCCCCAGUAGGUGCUUUCUAGCCUCAGCCAAACUUAACUAUUACCGCUGUGCUGCAGCUGCAGCUGCAGUGGGUUUUAGACAGGUGAAAUUGUCUAUAAGGUUUCAAUUUUAUUCCGAGGUGUUGAACCAGAUAUCUUAAAGUUAUAAUCUAAGAGUAAAAUGGUUAAAGCUGUUAUUCACUUCCUAAACACUCAGAGAGCAGACCCCCGGACCCACCCAAUGUUGCAAACUAUGAACAAUAUCUAACUUUAGAAUUAUAUUUAUGAUGAAAACAAAACAAAAUUAAAAAUAUUCCUAAACUGUAGGAACCUGUUUUUGGGAAAUGUAUUUUAGUAGUUCUCUAAGAAUUUGUCAUCUCAGCAGAAAUUUGGGUUAAUCUUUGACAUCAUUCUUUUGUGUGUUCUGUAAACAGGACUGGAGACGGUACAGCAGUGAGUUUCAGCAUCUGGACCCUUGAACAACUAUCAAAUACUUACUGUGAGGAUAAGGUAUGUCACAGAGGUAUGUACGAUGAGUAUGUGCUUCAUCCAUUUUGUAAUUUGAAAUGUAACUUAUUUAGCUUACAAGUCCCCAUAAACCAAGGCAGGUUAGGCAAGCUGGCUGAAAUAUGUAUAUUUUAUAUUUGACCUUCACGUUUUCUAUGAUCUUAACUAGGAUGUCAUAAAAAAUACAGCUGAGCACUCCUCAUAGAUUUUUUUAAAAAAAGACCUGUUUAUCUUGCUUUUACUCUUUGUCUGAGAUGUUUCUCUUAUUUUUUAACCAAUAACCUGUUUUUAAGUGUGAAAAUUCUUUGUUUUUAAGAUGUAGCUCUCUGAGGUUGCUUGAUGUAAAGGGCACUAAAAAUAAAAUUAUAAUUAUUUAUUAUUAUUUUGGUUGAGCCAGCUUGCUGAGUAACGACAAAGCUAGACAGACUUUUCAGCUGUUUACUUUUUAACUGUUGGUUGCAAGUGCUCUUAAACCUUUAAAUGAAUAGUAUUGCAUAGUUGAAUCAAUUUUCAAAGAGUAAUUUGUCAUGAAGGAGAAAACAUAACAGGUAGGUCCACACAAGCUAAGGUAGGUUAAGCUAGCUGGCUUUUGAGGCUGGCUAGCUUUUUGUUAUUGCUCCUGAAGUCCUCUGAGCCUUUUAGUGGCUCCUUUUUGGUGAAGAGCAAGCCUGAAAAUCAUUUUUGCUCUUAAAUUUCCUGAAAACUUUUUUUGGUUUUGUUGGCCAAUGUCAGCAAAUAUUUGUGCAUUUGAGGUUGAGCUUAGGGAUUGAUUUUCUAUUAAAAUUUUGGGGAGAAAAUAAAACAACAAAUUUUACAACACAACAGAGAAGACAACAUGUCAGGUAGGUCCUCACAAGCUAAGGUAGGUUAAGCUAGCUGGCUAUUGAAGCUUGCUAGCUUUUUGUUAUUGCUCCUGAAGUCCUCUGAGCCUCGUAGUGGCUAAGAUUCCUUGUUGGUGAAGAGCAAACCCGAAAAUCCUUUUAGCUCUUCACUUUCCUGCAAUAUUUUUAAAGUUUUGGUGGCCAACGUCAGCAAAUAAUUGUGCUUUUGAGGUUAAGCUAAGGGGUUGAUUUUCUGUUUCAAAUAUUAAGGAAAAAAACAAACAAAUUUUACUACACAAUACAGAAGACAAGAUGUGAGUUAGGUCAAUACAAGCCAAGGUAGGUUGAGCUAGCUGGCUCUUGAAGCUUGCUAGCUUUUUGUUAUUGCUCCUGAUGUCCUCUGAGCCCUUUAGUGGCUAAGAUUCCUUGUUGGUGAAGAGCAAGCCUGAAAAUCAUUUCAGCUCUAUACUUUCCUUGGGAAUUUUAAUGGUUUUGGUGGCCAUUGUCAGCAAACAUUUGUGCAUUUGAGGUUGAGCUUAGGGAUUGAUUUUCUAUUUAAAUAUUUUUUUUGGGUAAAAUCAACACAUUUUACAACGGAGAAGACAAGAUGUCAGGUAGGUCCUCACAAGCUAAGGUAGGUUGAGCUAGCUGGCUUUUGAAGCUUGCUAGCUUAUUGGUAUUGCUCCUAAACUCCUCUCUGUGAUUUUCUGUUAACAAAAUGAAGAUGUUACAGGAAUAAUAACAAUAUGACAGCUAUUAUAAGGUGAAUUUUGUAUCAUUGCAGUAUCCUUUUUGUAUAUUCACAUAAGCUCUGGUCUGGUGAGCUAGCUAGCUUACAAAUAAAGCUUUCAGACAUACCUCAGUUUUUAUACCUGGGCAAUGAUGCAUACAAUUAACCUUAAGCUAAUGAGGUUAAUGAGGCUAGAAUAUGAGUUAUGAGUGAAAAUAUUUUAAAAAAAGAAGCAGGAAAUGAUGAAAUAUUAUAACUUGAAAUUUAAUGAAAACACAACAUAUAUGUCAACUGAAUACAAAUAAGAAUAUCUGAUACAAAACACUCAUGUACUAUCAAUGAGCUUUGAAUACUUAAGGAAUUUUUAAGCAUUUUUCCCCUGAAGUCUCUGAGACCGGUAUGCUCUGCUGAUAAAUACAAGAUUAUUCAAGCAAAUUCUCCAUGUCUCCAAGUGAGACAUUUCUUCCUCACUCAACUGUAAGACACACAGGGUUCAAUGUUAGUACAUGUUCAUGUUCAUUUACCAGUAAGUAAUAUGUAUGGAGACUGUUUGAAGUCUUGGUCUUAUGUGACCUUGAUUUGAUGUUUUACACUGAGGGUAAUAACUCGCUGUAUUUAUACUCCCAGGCUUACCUUCUGCGUAGUAUUCUGAAUCUACAUCUGUCAAAGUUGGAUCUGCAAUUGGAUCGAAAGCCCUGUUUCCUGUGAAGCUAGAGACUCCUGAUUCUGUAAACAUGAAAACAUGAGAUUUUGGAUUCAGGAUUGUCCAGCGUAGAAGCCGUUACUUCAUGUGAGGAUGUGAUAUCGAAACAAGUCCAACAGUUCAGCAAAACAACACGUUGCUCAGAGUCGCAGUGUGUCACGUACAGAAACGGUCAGGCUAGAUGUUGGUUUUGACGUGACUUUUGAAAGCAACGCCAAACCAUGCUGUGGAGGACUACAACCUGUAGAGGUUGGAGACCUAUCUUACCUUUUUCUGCCUGUGGUCGUGUGCUUUGGUUUGACUCAAAGCAGAGGCUUAAAUUAUCAGCAGCAUACACAGCAUCUAAAACAAGACACCAUUUUAUUAGCGAUGAGAACAUUUGAAACUCGUGUUCACAUAUUUUUAUUUUAAACCACUAAAUGAUAGUCAUCUUGUCUUAUCACUUUUUACUGUUGUUUAACUGUUAAUGCAGGAAAUUACCUUUUUUCUUGUCGUGUUUUGCAGCCGCAUGCAUGUCAUUGUCUGGAUAACACAUCUUUAGUUGGAGUGUGACUGAAACAGGAUUCAUUUAAAAGUCAGUUUAUGGGAAGAAGAUGGACAGAAAUCUGUAUAUAGGCUAUUUUAACAAAAUAAAGUGUUCUAUAUCAUAGCAUAUGAGUUGGAAAUAAUUCAUUUAUGUACAAAACUGAAAACUGGAUACUCUGAACUGAAGAAACAAUUUUCUUGGAAGCAGGUAGAGCACUGAAAAACCUUAUUUCAUUUAUUUACAAGUGGUGUGAACUACAUUAGGCAUGCCACUAAUAUUUUCUUUGAGUAAUGCAAUAUGGAAAGACUCUUUACCCAGCUGUUUUUUCCAGUAGAGUAGUCCCACUACCAGCAGCUGCAGAACCAAUAUGACAAUGACAAGGAGCCACAGGAGGAUGAAGUAAAGGUGGGAGAGAGGACGUCUUUUGCUGGAUGCUGCAAAAAUGAAAGGUAGGUGACAAAGAUGAGUAUACAGAUUUCUGAGCAGAUAUUUUUUUCUGUAAGUAACCAGUCUGUGAGUUGUGCUAAAGUCUUAUACAAUACAAAAGAGAUUACAGUAGUUUUUUAUAGGUAGUUUUUAUAGUGACAAGUUUAAAAAAAAAAGGGAAAAACAAUCUUAUUUUUCUCUGCGAAUUUUUCUCACCCUUGACAGACAGUUGGCUCUCAGGUGAAACUCCAGCUCCAGAGAUGCGGCACUUGUAGAGUCCUGUAUCAGACGUGGAAACACUGUGGAUGGUCAUCUCUCCUGAUGAAUUGCUCCUGAUGAGUGUGCCAUCUUUAUAGAAAUCGGCUUUGAGGUCUGAAGAAGUUUUCAUCGUCCUGCAACGAAGUGUCACAGCUUGUCCCUCCAUCACAGGAGUAGACGGACUGUCCAUGUACACUUUGAAGCCUACUAAAUGGCAUAAUAAGUAAGUGUUAGAAUUCAUUUAUUUACUCAUUCAUUUAUUUGUUUUUUUUAUUUUUUAUAGUUGCAUCUAAAUACGGACACAUUUUUUCAAGGUUACCUACUCAAGUCUGAAAAGCUAAAAAAAAAUAAUAAUACCACUGCACGUUUUAUCAAUGCCAAUAAUCAGAUAAAAAAAAAAACUACCUCUAACAGCCAACCAGCUCUCUGGUGACAUUCCAACAUCAGCGAUACUACACUUGUAGAAGCCUUCAUCAGAUUUGCGAACACUUGCGAUGGACAUCUGUCCGGUAUCGCUGCUCAUGAAAGAGAUGCCGUCUCUAUAAAAAUCAGUGGACAGGGUUGAAGGAUUUUGCCCGGUACUGCAGCUCAUAGUCACGGGAUCCCCCUCUGUCACUGGGAGGACAGGACUCUCAAGGAUCACUGGCCCAGCUGGACAACAAACAAACACAAUUGCAAGGUAUGAGGUUUACAGUGGUUUCUGUCAUUAAUGUGUGCCAAGUUGAGACAAAAACAAAAAAACAUCCCAUACAUGUAACAGUGAUGUUGAUGGUGUUGCUUUUCCUUCCUCCUUCACCUUCACACCAGUACUCUCCACUGUCUGGUUCAAAAGCAGUGUGAAUGGUGCACUUUAAUGUCAGUGUCACAGUGUCAUUUGAACAUUUUGGGAUGGACUCUUUCUUGUUUCUCACUUUCCAUCCCGCUAAGUCAUUCAGUCCCUCACAGAUAAAUGAGACAGGGUCGUAUUCAAAGAGCUGCAGUUUGGAUGGAACAAUUUGAUGGACUGUGUCUGUGAUGAAAAAAAAAAACAGCAUAUAAUGGUGUUACUAACUUUCAGUUUUUUUUGACUUGUAAAAACUUCAUUUUAGAAAGUAACUAAUUGAUAAGGUAUGUUUUUGUUGGUUGGCCCUUUUAUUUCAGAUGCACUACAUUAUCUUCCUUUCUGGGUUCACUGCCCUCCGCCUCCCCAUUGCCCUCAACUUUGCAGUUUUAUUGGCUUCAGCAACAGAAAUCAGUCCCUGCCCCCACCACUGUCGUCAACUCUCAGAGACUUAGUUUCUGCAACAUAUUCUAUAAUAAACACUUUCCCUUUUGAAUAUUUUGCUUUUUGAGAAUUGCAGCUUACCAGAAGUCUGGAAACAAGAGUGUUCAACAAGUUGAACCAAGAGUAUAAAUACAAUGAACCCUGGAAGUACAAAAGGGUAGAGUUUUGCAGGUAAAUGUUAGUUGACUGUGUUGUUUUUAUAGUACGUAUAAACAUGCAAAACAUUCAAGAAAACCACUGAUAAAUUCACAAGAACUCUUAUUGCACCAGAACUACUUCGAGUUUUACCCAGUUUAUGGAUAUAGAGUGAAAACGACUAAAUACAGCUAAACAAUGAGUACUCACAAAGUCUGAAGAUAAGAGCUACAACCUCCAUGGUAACUUGUUGCAUACUGCCUGAGUGAGAGACUGAUGGCCAAAUAUAGUUCAGUGCUUUUGAGAACUUCCUCUUCCUGUGAAGAUGCUUUCUCAGUUUAACCGUCACUGCUGCCUCUUUGAGGCUGAUGUUGCUAGGUAGCUGAGCUAUAUUUUUGUUUAAGAACCAUUUGUUCUUCAUAAUGACUUCAAUGUUUAUCUGUCAGAAGUUGUAUGUCAUGAGUUUUUUUUUUUUUUUUUUAAUUUUCUUGAGUAGUUCAGAAAGGUGAUGAGUGGAUCUAGACCACCAGUACCAUUACAGAGUAAAUCUGGUCCUAUUUUUGACUGAUGGGGUUUUUUAUCAUAAAGUCAUCAGAUGAUAGUAUCUACCAACAGAAGAAAAGCCUUUGUAGAGGACACAAUUGUAGGCAUGAAGAAACAACAUUUUUAGUUUUAUUCCUAUGAGGAUGAGAUAUCUCUGGCAUGGGAAAGUGCAUACAUCAGCAAAAAGACAGCAAAGUUAGAUAAAGGAAUAUAUGGUGGCUUUUUGUGUCAAAACUGGAAACCAGGGUCAAGAACUGUGAGACUGUAUAGACCCUGACCCCCCAACACUCACUAACUUAUACAUGAACUCACACUUUGUUACUUACCUAAUGUGGCGAAAACACUAAUGCAUGGUACAUUGAGAUCCACACAGUCUGAGUACCACUGCAGCCCAUCCCUCUAACAACCUGACAGCAGACUAGCGAAGCUCCUUCCUAACCUUCAAAUGCUUCUGCAGUGGGAACUUCUGCACUACCGACCACAAGCCUGGAGAAGCAACCAGCAAUUGGCAACUCCAACCCCAGCCUCAGCCACGCUUUUAAGCAAAUACCUUCAGCCAAUCCACGAACUAACAGUCACUCCCUUUUGGGCCAAAUUGGGCCAGCAGCAGUCUAGUUGACACACUGCUAUUGUAGGCACCCAUUUAAAGCUGACCCUACAUAUCAUUACGUUUUAAUUACAUUUAUGGAGGGAUAUAUAUACAUAAAUAUAGACUUUACCACAAAGAACUUAGAUAUAUAAUAUAAAUACUAAUAAUGUAUUCCUUGUGUUUUCUUUUUCAUAAAAAUCUUGCUGUUAAGCAGGAAAUACUCUCAUAUAUAUGUGUGCAAGUUACCUGAUACAACUGAUAAGGAUCACAGCUAGUGUAGUUUCAUUUGAGGACUUUGACCGGGCUGCCAGCACAUGUUACUCUGAGAGGAGGACAUUUUGAUGCACAUAGUGGGUAUGUAAGCUUUUUAAUUUUUUAUAAUUAGGUUGAAUUGUACAUGUUGAAAUGGUUUGAAAAUUGAACUACCCAAUCUUAUAGUAAGUUUACUACUCUGUUGUAUGUAAAUUACAAUCAUGCUGAGGCCACACUGGCUACCCCUGUCUGUGGGUGACCACAACCUCCAUGGACUACUCAAAAAAACAGGAUUUUUGUUUUACAUAUCUAUGACAUACUGUGCCGAUACAGAUGUUGGGAGGAAAUUUUAACUGAAAGUAUACAUUAAUGAAAGUUCUACCAUUAAUCCACACUUGAGCAUAGUGUGUACAUUGCAAGGAGUGUAUGUGCAUUUCCUUUGAGCUUAUUUUUGUGCAACAAGUGCAGAUCUCAUUAAAUUAUAACAAUGAAAUAUGUUUUUUAAAAAUCCUGUUUAAAUGUAACAAUAGGAGAUACAUCUUAAAGCUUUUCUAUCCAGCUAGAUAUGAACAAGAUUCAUAAUGACAUGAAACUGAAUAUUUAAAUGUGAAUUUAAGGGUUCCCUUCCCAAAUAGCGGAGCUGUACAGUCUCAGCUCAUUCUGUUCUAGAUCAUAAACCUUUGAUGAUCGCACUUUUUUUGACUGGGCAGUCUCAGCAAAAAAAAUGGACUUUAAAAAUGGAUCACACUGUCAAAAUGUGAUUUAUUUAUUGGAAAUUCAAUAUUUUUGCUUUUUGAAAUGUUUAUGACCAGCAUUUAAAACUGCUUAUAACCAUUUCAGGUUUCUGUUGAAACUAAAUGUAAUUAUGAGUUAUAAAAAAAUGGCGUAAACUAUUUAACUCUUUAAAGUCUAUUAAAGACCAACUUAAUAUAAAGCGACCCAUCAUCCAUUGCUAUAUUAGGAGAAGUGUCUGUCUAUAUCAUCUUGAAAGACUUAAAAUAAGGCUGUUUUAUUUUCAUCAUGCUUUCAUAUUUUGUCUCUGUCAGGUACGCCCCUCUGUAACAGAAAAAUGGAACUUCGCCUCUUGUCUGCAUUGGGAAGUUUCAUCUUAUUUGGCGGUUUGGGAUGUAAGUCAAAGCGAAGUUUUGAUGUGUCUGCUAAUUUGGAGAGAUGUACAAUCAUGAAGAUGAAUGAAAAAAUCAAAACUGAUCAAAUGCUAUAAAUAAUACAUUAUUGAUCACAUUGCUCUCAUCUUGAUAUCGAUAGACUUUUUUUUUCAAAUUUUUUGAAAUAACUUCUUUGUGUCCUGUUUCGUUUUAGACUAUUUUAAAAGUGAUGAAAAAACUGGUCCUGAUAAGAGAAAUCAACUGUUUAAAGAACAGCCACUAAGGAAAGAAAUCCAGUCGGAAAAAGAGGAGGCCACAUUGCUGAACAACAUGAAACUUCCGUACCUGACAGAGAAACUUGAGCAACAACAUGAAAAGGUAAGAGAAAGGAAGAAGAAACCAGGGCUGAAAGUCUUGUUUCCAAUAUACCGUCUUGAAUUCAAAGAUACAUGUAAGAUUAUUCAGCCGAUUAAAUUAACUAAUUUUUUGAAUAUGUUUAUAUGUCAGCAAAAAUAACUAUUAAGCAAGUUGCAAAUUAAAGACUGUGGAAGGAUGCAUUUAUUCAUCCCUGUGCUGUGGUAUACUCAUAAAGCACAGCAAGAUUUCCUCACAAUGGAACCCAACAGUACCGAGCAGACCCAAACAAAUCAGCAGCCUGCCAUCCUGGUACAUGUGCCAUGCAUAAGUGUUCCAGCAUUUCCCAGAACUGUCAUUUGACAUCCAUGCGCUGCCAAAAGAAUUUUCAAAUGUCUCACUCUUGCAAGUUUUUUCCCAAACAUCAAUUUUCAGUGGCCAAAACCUUUUUUAGCAUGUGAAUAGGAAGUCUAAACACAGAGAAACAAACACUGAUGUCAAAAUGUCCAUAUGUUGUGGAUGGGGGCUCAGUCCCUUCUACUAGAGUUGCACAGAGGGAUGGGGGUAAACGGACAGAGAGUAUAAAAAUGAGAAAAUAGGUUUUAAGAUAGUUGGGGCGUCCAUUAUUCUAGAGCCUCGUGAUGAGCUGAUUGAUGCGGCAAUAAAUGCUAACUUUCCCUGAAAACAGAAAUCAUGACACUUUUAAAAUCCACCCAUCAAAAAUCACCCUUAUGUUUCCUAGAGACAGAUACCUUAUCAAAAUAACAUUUUACUUGUCAGUUAAUGCAAAGGAAAGCAUUUUUGUAAUAGGAUUGGACAAUAAUGCAAUUCCUUAAGAAUAAGAAAGCUAACCAGACAGUAAAAAGUCAGAGGUGAUGUGCUGCUUUACUGAUUUUGUUUUUAUUGUGACAGUAUAAGAACAUCAACAUAAUUUAUUGGUUGUGUCUUAUAAGGUCUUCGGAAAGCCGAAUGAGAUGGAAAAUCUGCCCCCCAAACAUGUCUUCAGCCUGGACCAGGUUUUCUUUAUCCUAUUAAUACACACUUUUGGAGGUAAGUUAUUUUUAGACUUUUUUUACAUGUAUAAAAAAAAUUUUCCUGUGGCAGAAAGCAACUUUUAAUCACAGUGAUCAAUUUGUUCUGUCAUUUCAGCUGACUUUGUCACAGCCAUUUCCACAUUUUUUCUCAACACGGUGUCAAUUAGAGGCCUUAUUGAAUUGGGUGUUAGUUUUAUUCUGUCUAAUUAUUUGGUUAAGAGAUGGAAUCGUAGGUAAACAGCAUUUUAUUUUUGUAGUCAGUUACAAAAGUUUAUCAUGUUUAACAUUUUAAUGUGAACAUACUCUCAGUAAUGUCCUGGAACCUAUAUUUCCAAAAGCUUUUAUCUAAAAUAAUGAUUACAAUCGACAAUCCAGAAUUACUAUUGUUAUUGCAAUCACUGAUGAAGAAAAAUCCACUGAUUGGAACAAAGUCCCGGAGAAAGAACAAGCAGGAGGAUCUGGUUACCACACUGAUCGAGGAAAAGACUGAACUGGAGAUCCAGAGGAAUAAAUUAAAGUGUAACUAGAGGAGAUAGAGAGGGAGAGUAAAGUUAUCAAGCAAAAUCUUCAGGCAGUGGUAAAUGAAACAGGAACUGAUGUGGUGUUUGACAAACCAGAGGGAUUACUGAGAGAAAAAGAAAACUUGAUGCGAGACUAAUGGACCAGAUUGGAAGAAUAGUUAUUUAUCAUUGACAGAGUCAUUACUAGAAUGCUUGGGGAUCCAUGUUUUUAGGACACAUAGAAAAAGGAACAAGAACAAAGGCACUAAAACCAGGGCCUUAUGAGAGACCGGACCAUUUGUAAUAGUCACCCAGAGCAAAGUUAAAUCUUUAUAUAACUCAUCUGUUUAAAUUGUACCUGAGUUUGAAGGUAUGUAUAAAAUAAGGGACAUACUUUAUUUGAGUGACAGAUGGGAGCUGAUUGCUUUCUGUCAAAUACCAUCUUAGAGAAUAUGUUCACUUUUGGGGUGUUAGGCCAUUUGAAGAUUUUUUCAUUAAGUACUGCCAUCUGCCAAACCCUACCUGCAUAUUUAAACAUAAACUAACUGGUUUAUAUAUGAGAUCAAGUAAGAAUAACAAUGAUGCAGGAUAAGUUUAGACUAUUGUACUUGCAGUACAUAAAAAUAAGUAAAUCAAUGUAAAAAAUAAGAUCCUCAUAGUUUUGUAGUUGUUGUACCACCAGUCAAAGUGAAACUAAGUAAUGUAGCUGUGUUUAUGACUUGUUUGUAGAGUUUAUGGCUUGUUCGGUUAUAAAAUCAUAAAGUGAACAAUAGUUCAAAGUCUAAUCUAAUCUUUUCGGGGAUACAUUUAGAUUCUCCGUUAAAUUUUAAAAGUGAUGUAGAAAAGACUAACCAAAUACGAAAGGCUAACCUUGUCUGCUUUAAGAUGACAAGAGAGGAUUAGGCUUUUUGGCCUGGUCUCUGGCAAGUCAACCAUCAACUCUUCAAAAUUCUUCUACAAUCAGGCCUUUGACAAAAACAAACACAAAAAGGUUUUAUUUAAAUGAUUGAAUGGGCUCGCUCCACUUUUCUACAAUAAACAUUUGCACUAAUUUAGUUGAACUGGUGUUGCAUUAUAUCGUACAGAAAUAUCUAGAACACAGAAACACAAAGUAAAAAUGUCAUGACAACUGCAAUAAAUCCUGAUUGUUGCAGUUGGUUGACUCAUGAACGUACUGUAAUAAAAUCAGAAAUGAAACUACGAUAGUCUUCACUCUGAGGUGAUAAAAUCAUACGAGGGGAAAGAAGUACAGUCUAAUCUCAACAGUUCAGACAGAAGUGUAGAUGUUGUUGAGGAUCUACAUGGAUAUGUGUUCACAGAGCUCUGUAGAGAGAGAAGACAGAGUUCAAGUUAAAAGAAGGCAACAAAACUUAUUUUCCCUAACCCAGCAUUUGACAACUUGAUGUAAAAAAUUUUUUCAAAGUGUCAUUUCACCCUAACUCAUUUAUUCACUUUUCCUGUUUUUCUGUCUUUUGUGUAUUUACAUUGAACAUUGUUUUCUUUUGUUCACUCUUAUUUUUGUCUCCUUUUUGUAACUUCCUUGCUAUGCAGAGGCAAAUUAAAGCAAUAAUCCAAUAAGUGGCCAAGACUAAUCUUUACAAUAUGCUCAUAAAUAGACAGUAAUGUACCAUGCUUUUGUGCGUUAAAGCCUGUGAAUAAUCUGUGAUACAUAACUUAAACUGUAGUAUAUAUUUCAAAGAUCAGAGUUUAGGUUGAGAGCAGAGGAGACUGAUUGAGGCUGAAACUGAGUGAAUAUACAGCACUGUGUAGAGGUCUGUGAAUUUAAAAAUAUACCAAAUCUACUGACAUGUCACAUCAACUAAUGUGUUGUUCCCGUCCACCUGUUUCUAUGUGCAAAAUUGAUUUGCAGCAUAUAAAAUGCCAGUUAUUUGACAUUUUUCCGCUUGACUGAGGUUGGCAAUUCUGUGAAAUGGGCCUUAGUCAUUUGCUAUCAUUUAAGGUUCUACUUUUUAGUAUCAUAAUGUCUUUUUUGUCAUCGUAUGACAGCUUUCUGUCACAAACAGCACAUUAUUCUGUUUGUUGAUCUUUGAGAGAGCCUAUACAGUUGCUCUAUUGCUAUUUCACAAUGAAGAUGUAAGGCUACAUUUUUGUUUUUGUCUUCCAUUUGUCAUUUGAAAGACAUAAAAUUCACAAAAAUAUUUAUAAUAAACGUGGUUGGCCAUUAAUACAAUAAUCUUCAGACCAUCAGUGCAAAACGUAGAUGAACAACUAGCAUAGCAUUAUGGGUAACCUUGAAACAGACAUUUUUGCCCUAACAUACAAAACUUGGGUAAUGUGGACAAAAAAAUGUGGACCUUUGGUGAGACUCUGGGUGUAUAUCAGAAAAUCUGGAUUUGCAAUAUUUUUUUCAUCCACUGUGUCUAACCGUCCUUUGGGUGAGAUGGGAGAUGAGAGCUAUGCACAACUGGUUCAGGUAAAGUAAAAAGUAUAUAUAUCUGUGUGAGAAGUGAUUUUUUGAUUAUCUCUCAGGUCCUUAUGAGUCCUGAGCAAAUUGAUAUCCAGUGGAAUUUAUUUUCAUUCAGAAAGAAACUUAGACUAAAGUCUCAAUUACAGCAUCAAGUUUUUAAACAUUUAAAACAUUUCAUGGUUUCUCAGUGGGUGUCUGAGUAUUGCACAUACAUAUACAGGCAUGCUUGCUGUGAGAGAAGCUGCAUAGUACUACUUACCAUGAAAAAUUUUAACAGACCAUAUCCUAAUGUCCUCACUCUUGUGCAUAUGGCCUGAAAACCACACAGUAAACAGAUCAAGUAAGAAAAAUAAAUAUUAUAUGAUGUUUUGAUAAGCUUUUUAAAGGUUUUGAAAAAUUUUACAAAAGAAUACUUUUCACAAGUUAUCCAGAUCUCAUGGGUUUAGUAACAAAUAACAAAAAGUAGUUGUGAUGGUAGCAUUAAUAAAUUCACAAACCUUAUUUAAAGGUUGAAGCAAAGUCCAUUUGGUUUUAACCCCAGAGUAACUGAACUUGUUGGACAAUGCGUGUGUGACUUGGUGUGUUUUUUUUUUUUUUUUUGUGUGUGUGUGUGUGUGUGAGAAUGUUUGUUAACCCUCUUAGGACAGAGGGUGUUUUGUAAACCUUAAAAUUGUAAUUUCAUCAAAUUUUGGAGCAUUACCUGUAAUAUUAGAGAGAACAUAUUUUUAUUCAACCAGUCUUACCUGUAGUAAACUGUAGAAUAAAUCUCAUUCUCCUCCAAUGAAAUGAGAUUUGUUCUGGCCUCAGACUUAUUUGGCUCUGUGUAAGGAGAAAGUAGAACAAAAUAUUUACAAUUUAUUGUUUUUUAUAUACACGUAUAAUUUUUCAGCAUGGAAGAUACAUUUUAAGCCGUGAAUGCAGUGAAAAAAAAUCAAUAAAACAUGGCUGACAGAUAAUUUACAUGUCAUUUUGCUGUAGUUGUUAAACUGUUUAAGGGAAUUAAGGAUUAUUACAGUUUUAAACUCUCCUUCAGUAAUAACACUGUCAGAGAAAGUAAAACAAUUUCCUUAAUUAAGGGUGACACACUCUGUCAUUUAGUUUGAAGAUGCUUUCAUUUCUUUUAAGUUUGUAAAGUGUAUGUUCUGUGUUAUGAUUAAGCUUUAACCUGUGUAUGUACUUGUGAAAUAAAGCCAGUGUGGAAGUGCUUAAAACUGUAUUUGCCUCUGUGUUAACAAACACCAACCCUAUAUAUAGUUGUCUAGAAUGUAUGCAAAACAAAAUGUAAAUAAUUGCUUUAAUUUACCUCUGUGGUUCCAGCAAAGGAACAGUCCCAUCACCAACAGAAGUGUAGCUGCCAAAGAAAUACUGAUGACAGCCCACAGCAAGAAAGAUGGUGUCUGAAAGAGCUGAAUCUUGUCAUUGGAUUUGUUUGAUUGUUGUAAAACUCUCAGCCAACUCUCUGGUGAUUCUCCAGCAGAGGAAAUGCACUUGUAGAGUCCUUCAUCAGACUUUGAUAUAUUUUUGAGAGCCAUUUUGUCAUCAUGAAUUUUUCCAAGUUUGACACCAUCUUUGUAGAAAUCAGGAAUGUGAGUUGACUCGGUUUCUUGUUUUGUACAGUGAAGAGUCACAUCACAUCCCUCCAUCACAGGGAGGGCAGGAACUUCCAGGAUCACAGAUCCAGCUAGAAAUCAUUUAAAACAUAGUGUGUCAAGAUCGAUUCUUGCAUCAGCAUUAGUUGCACAAUAUAUUACUGCAUCUGAGAGUGUUUGCUAUUUUAUUUUGUUUUUAACAGACAAGCAGAAAGUAACCAUGAGUUUGAAUUAUUUUUAUCAUAAAUGUAGUCAUCAUAAAACACAAGACAGAAUUUUUUGUUAUAGUGUCGUUAUUCAAUACAAACCAUCCCUUUCAUGUCUCAUUGAAACCUUGAUAGUGAUGGAUCUGUCUAUCCUUAGAAGUGAUGAAGCUUUUAUGUUAAGUUUUUGGCUUAUAAAAAAGUUGGCAUCCGGUCGGAGACACUAGUAUUUUCAUAUUUUUGAAUUAGCAUACCAGUAAUGGUGAUGUUGACGGCACCACUUCUUUGCCCUGUUGUAUCUUCGCACCAGUACUCUCCAGUGUGUGAUGCAAGGGCAACAGAAAUUGUGCAGGAUGGUGCAGGUGAGCCACAGUCUGAAGAAUCUUCUGGAAUUUUUUUGUCAAGUUUCUGCUCCACUUUCCAUUCAGUCAUUCCACUCAACUCCUCACAGCUUAUGCGGAUAGUCUCAUAUUCAAAAAACUGAAGUCUGUCUGGAGAAAUGCGAGGAAAACCUGCAUCUGAGACAGAGUUACACGGAGAGAAAGUACUUUAAGAUAUGUUCAGAUAUCCACAAUUAUUUACACCAAAGGGAUCAUGACACACACACACACACACACACACACACACACACACACACAGUGAGAUCAAAUGAUGAACUACAACAGAACAGCAGGAACACAGUCAAGGUGCUCCAAUCGUGAUUUCACACUUCUGUUUGAUUCAUUCUUGGUCUUCACACAUUUCUUAUUGUAGUCUCUAUCCGAAGGCUUCCAAGGUAAUACUUAAACACAAAUACAAGCAUUACUGUUAAGAAUCCAGAAUAAUAGAGCCUGUAAAGCACGAGUUAGAAACCUACCAUAGUUCUGAGCAAAGCAUAUGUGGUUUAUCUGUGAUACCAGCAGGACAAACAAGACUACUGCUGAAGAGAGAGAAGAGGACAGUCAUUUUUUUGGGUCAAUUAAAGAUAAUGAUAAUCUAACAAGAGCUUUUACUUACAGAGUCUGAUGGAGGGACAUCUGAUGUCCAUGAUGUCUGGCUACUGAAUGUUGCAGCCCAAGAUUACAAUACAGCAGAGACUUAGCGUCUGUUCAAACUUCCUCUUCCUGUGUUAACUAUUUCUGAUGGUGAUGUAGUGACUUGAAAUGUAUGGUCAGAAAUACCUGUGCGAUUCUGCACUUCAGUGGUGGGAUCAUACUAGUUUGACCAAAUCAGACCCGAAAUGUAUAUGCUGUACCUGAUGAUAUAAUUAAAACAAAACAAAAAAAAAACUUGUCAAACAGAUCAAAGGUGUCCAAAAUGUUGGUAUUUUUCUUAGCCUUGUUGUCUUAGUAGGGGUGCAUAGCAAAAUUGGGUAUUCCUCAAAGUUCCUUUUUUUCCUGUGAUUCAAUUUGAAAGAGUAAUCUGUCCUAUUUUUGGUGUAUGGUUGUGUGAGGGGACUGGCUGGAAUGACAAGAAGUUCAGUUUUGGACAGGUUGAGCUGAAGGUGAAAUUCUUUCAUCUAUUUAGAAAUAUUACCGAGGCAUGAUGAGAUUCAGGCUGAGACAGUUGUGCAAUCUGGUGGGAAUGACAGGAAGAGGUGGAUGUCAUCUGCAUAGCAGUGAUAUGAGAUUCAAGAGAUUUGAUAAUGGCACCGUGAAAUGGUGAAUAUCGAGAAAGGAAGGAACCAAGCAAUUAGUUUUUAGGGAUCCCUGUUAAUGGGUAAUGUGAUUUGAACACUUCUUCUCUCUAUGAUUCUAAAAAUGAUGUCCCUGUGAAGCUGGACACAAACUAUUGGAGGGCAGAUGUAUGUUGAUAAUACAGUUGUAAAUGCAUCAGACAAAAUAUGUUGUGGUGUUGCAGAUUAUUUAUCUAUAAACACAAAAAAAUUAAAUAUAUUAAAAGAAUUUAAUCAAAUAAAUCAGACUGAUGUUUGUCUAUUUCAAACAGAACUAUCUGGAAUAUAGAAACACACUUGAAGUAAAGUUGAAAAGAAAACUGCAAUAAAUCCUGAUUGUUGCAGUUGGUUGACUCAUGGAUGUACUGUAAUAAAACCAGAAAUGAUCAUGUGGUGGUAAAAUUAUGCUGUAAAAAAAGGUUCAAAGUCUGAUCUUAACAAAUGACAAUGGUUGAGACUGUGCAGAUGUUGUUUAGGAACUACAUGGAUAUGUGUUCACAGAGCUCUGUAGAGACAAAAGACACAGAGUUCAAGUUGACUGAAGACACUUAAAGUUCAUUUUCCCCACCCAGGCUUUGACAACCUGACAAAAAACAAUUUUCAAGGAGUUUGUUUGAAUGCCCAGGGUUAAACUCUGCAGCUGCGUCUAUAAUUUGUAUGAGCCAAUAAUCAUCAGAUUAGGUGAUGUUGUUAAAUCAUUUUAUCCUAUCUCAUUUAUUCACACUUCUUGUAUUUCUGUUUUAUGUGUGUAUCUGUAGUGUGUACUUAAAUUAUAGUGUAUACUAUCAUCAGAGUGCAGGAUGAGAGCAGAUGAGACUGAACAUACAGCACUGUACAGAGGUCUGUGAAUUUAAAAAUACACCAAAUGUGGUGUGAUGCUUUUCUUGUUAAUGCGAUGUGACCCAGCCAGAGCAUCAGCAAAAAUGACAUGUAUGAGGUCCAUUGUCUGAACCUUAAUGGAAACAUUCUUAAAACUUAGUUUGUCUUCAGGCCUACCAAUAUAACAGCAUUAUAUUUAUUUGUAACCACAGCAAGUGUAUUUAAAAGUUUCAGCCACUCGGUUCCUCUAAAACAGCGUCUUCAGACAUGCAGUAGAUAAAAGUAGAUAAGAACUGUGGUUCAACUGUCGGUAUCUGUUCAUCUCACUCUCAGAAAGAGACGCCAACAAUAAGGUUGGACUGAAGACAGCAGAUAUAGACCGAGAAAACCAUGAACCACAAAGACCUUUAACACAAACCUCGUUUUAUUUAUUCUAGCUUCAUGUCACAUCAACUGAGUGUUUAUCUCCACUAGUUUUUAUGUGCAUUCCACAUCAACUUGUGCAAAUAUCAAGCCAGUUUUUUGACAGAUAAACCUUGCCAGUUAAAAACUUGUGCUGCAUUUCAUCAUGUUCUCUAAGUGAUCUUUUAUAAUACGAGAUAUGCAAGUAUAUAUAUAUUUUUAAUGUGCAAAAUUUGUUUAAAAAUUUAUAAAAUCUCAGUAAGUGGUUAUGAACAUGUUUUUAUUGUCCUAUUAUAAAAAUAUGACAAAAUUCAUUCUUUGCUUGUCCAAUCAAACAGCCUGUUUUAUUUCAAUUUUAUAUCACUAGUAAUACUAUCAAUACCUGUAGAGUAUUUGUGAUAGACAGAAAACACAUUUAUUAACUUAAAAAGGAUAAUUUUACAGAUUUUAUCCACAAAAAAUAUUUUUACAUGGCACAUGGCCAUGUGUGAGUUGCUGUAAUAUCACUAAAAAAGUUUCAUAGUAAUGAAGAUGCAAAAGUAGACCUCAAAACAGACUGUCCUGGCUCUGUCAGUCUUGUACAGAUGGCCUGUAAAAUACACAAGAUAUACAAUUACUGUAUUACAGUAAUUACAGAAUUACAAAUACUGUCAAUUGACAGGAAAAAGAAUGCUAUCAGAUCUUUGAACAGACUUUUUAAAAGUUUUGUGAAGUUUGAAUUGAAAAAAAAAGAUGGCUGACGUAACUGGCAUUAAAACUAAAACAUGCAAGCUGAAUAAAUGUAAUAACUCUACCUAAAGGUUUGAACACAAGUCCACUUUUAUUGAUAUUCCAGAAUUAUAAAUUGGAGUGAAUCUCAUUGAAUUUAUUGCAAAGCUCAUUGUGGGUGUUCAUUUACACUCUAACCACUGAGAUCAGCAAAUGCUACACAAGCCUUGAAAUUAUAAGAUUAAUAGGUUUAAGAAUAUGAACUGUAAUAUUAGAAGAAUAUAUUCUGAUGCAGUCAUGCUUACUUGUGGUUAAUAGAUGAGUAUACAACACUUGGCUCCAAUGAACUGGACUUUCUUCUGGCUUUGGACUCUUUUGGCGCUGUAUGUGGAAAAAUGAGAUUACUGUCUAUUACAUAAAUUGAACGUUUUGUGCGUUUCUUUUGUAAUUUAUUUAUUUAAGUAAUUUAUUUUUCAACCAUUUUUAAACAGUUAAUGCAGACCUUUUGUUUGGUAUUUGUUGAAAGUGAUACUCAAAGAAAAAAGGUAAGGAAAAACCUAAAUGGAAGAGAAAUUACAUCUCAUAUUACCAAUUACUUAUUUCUACUACUAUUUACUGCUGUAAGAGGUUUACUAUAUUGUUCAGUAAAGAUUAAUGUGCUGAACAUUGCAGCAUGUAACACUUUUGGGGGAAGAAAAAUAAUACUUUAAAACCUUUACUGCCCACUGGAUGGAUUACGCUACAGUCCAUGUGGAUUAUCUUCUUCUAAUCGAUAUCUGAGAUCUGUUUGGUCCUGUUGUGUCAUUAGCAAGGUGGAUCUACCGUAAAAUGAAAGAAGUAAUAUUUUAAAUAUUACCUUGCUUCCUUUUUUUGGUUUUGACUUGAGCAUAUGUCACUGUGUUUGGGUCAACGUCAUCGUCACCACCUGAAAUUCAAACAAAACAUUUAAAAAAACAGGCAAUAAUAAAUGCCAUUUAGUUGAAAAAGUAAGGAACACACAAAGAACUUUAGGGACACAAUAAGAAUUGAUCAAAUAAUGUGUGUCUUAUUGGUCGACAUAUGUACUAUUAUUUGAAAUCAAUUUUAGGUUAAUUGGUCACAUGUAAUGGAAGCUAUUAAAGAAAAUGUUCAAAAUGUGCCUUUAAAUCUAACAGAAAUUUUUAGAGAACAAAUUUUUCUGAGAACAUCAACCAGUAAUUUAUUGACGGUCCCUUAUUCAACACCGAUGUUGACAGUGAGGGUGCUGAGUGGAUUUAAUGCUGCUGUUGUUAUUCCCAGUUAUGGAGAGUGAGAAGACACCGGUAGAUCCUCAGUGAAUGCCCAUCGAAUAUCCAGCCUGAAACUAACUUAACCCCGGUGUAGAUUUAACCACGCUGCUCUUGCCUCCUCACAGGGGCUUUACAGUAAUUAAAGCCAUGAAAUGUCUUACCACUAUUCUCAUCACACUUUUUUACGACAGCGUAUGUAGCAGUUUGUGUAUCAGGAUGUCCUUCUGCUCCUGAAAAUGUCACAUCGAAAAUUACAGGCAUUUAUUGUGAUGCUUCAUUUAUGAGCAAAAGUAAAUUCCAAAUAUUAAAGUAGAGAUUUUCUCAAUAAGAUGUGCAAAAAAUAGCUAACAAGCACAAGUUAGAAGAUGAUUAAAAAAUGGUCAAAUAUACACUUUUGUGAAAUGGUUACACAUUUAAAAAAAACUGCAAAUGCCCCAGAUUAUCCAGAAACAAAAAGCAACAAUGGCAUCACAAAAGUUGAAACAAAAUCAGGACUUGGAAGUUUAUUUGCCCGUUAACAGGCAAGCAUACAGGUUAACCUCAUUUAAUCUACUGUUUUCCAUUAAGAUGCUCAUUGUUCUCACCCUAACCUGUAGGAACUUUUUUUUUCUCAAAUUUCAGUUUCAUCCUCUUCAAAAAAAAAAAAAGCCAUGAUAAAAAUGAAAUAUCACACAUAGUUGGUUUUACUGACCUGUACAAUCUUGUGAUAGCGGUUGGGCUGGUAUCGAGUCUUUAGAUGAAAACACUAGACAAAACAAAAGAAGAGGUCUUCAGUGAAAAUAGUCAAUUGAAGUUGGACUCCAGUACAGAUAUUUUUAUAGAGCUGGAGGAGCAAGAAGAAGAAAUUUAAGUAAAACUGACACAGAAAGCAAAAUCAUAAAUCAUUUUCCUAAGUGCUAUGUUUGUAUUUAACACUCAAACUACAUUUCAGUUCUAUAGACUUGGACCAUAAAUUUUAAGUACUUUUCAGUACCUCUGUAUUUGCAGCAAAGAAAGAGUCCCAUCACCAACAGAAGUGUAACUGCCAAAGAAAUACUGAUGACAGCCCACAGCAAGAAAGAUGGUCUCUGAAAGAGCUGAAUCUCGUCAUUGGAUUUGUUUGAUUGUUGUAAAACUCUCAGCCAACUCUCUGGUGAUUCUCCAGCAGAGGAAAUGCACUUGUAGAGUCCUUCAUCAGACUUUGAUAUAUUUUGAAGUGUCAUUUUGUCCUCAUAAAUUGCUCCAAGUUUGACACCAUCUUUGUAGAAAUCAGGAAUGUGAGUUGACUCUGAUUCUUGUUUUGUACAGUGUAGAAUCACAUCACAUCCCUCCAUCACAGGAAGGGCAGGAACUUCCAAGAUCACAGAUCCAGCUGGAAAAGAACUAUUCUCGUGUCAGCAUUAAAAAUGCAUUAAGUUGUUAUAUUUGGCAGUGUCUACUAUUCAACCUCUACCAGAAACAUUUGACAAGGAGUAACUAUGAAUGCAAAAUCAAAAAAUAGAAAUUUCAUAUAACAAGAAAUAUGAAUGUUUUCUUUUGUUGUUGUUUUUAUAGUUUUCUUAAUUAAAAACUUAGACUUUUUCUCUGUCUGUUCUCAAACUUUGGUAGAGUAAAAAUGUAACAGAAAUCAAGUCCAGAGAAAGAAAAAUUAGAUCAGUAUUUGUCCUUCAUAUUUAGGUUUACACACCAGUAAUGGUGAUGUUGACGGCACCACUUCUUUGCCCUGUUGUAUCUUCACACCAGUACUCUCCACUGUGUGAUGCAAGGGCAACAGAAAUUGUGCAGGAUGGUGCAGGUGAGCCACAGUCUGAAGAAUCUUCGGGAAUUUUUUUGUCAAGUUUCUGCACCACUCUCCAUUCAGUCAUUCCACUUAACUCCUCACAGCUUAUGCGGAUAGUCUCAUAUUCAAAAAACUGAAGUCUGUCUGGAGAAAUACGAGGAAAAUCUGCAUCUGAGACGCAAGAAAAGAAAGAACAGGUGUCAUGAUAUGUUUAAAUAUGCAUAAUUUUUUACACCUGUGAUGCAAUUAUGUAUCUGUAUAUCAAACGGUCAAUACAUGCAGGCGUUGUUGCAUGUAUGAAAGAGCGACCAAUGCAGUGUAAGCCUUCUAGUUGUGGUUAAUUUGUUGUCCUUGUUCCUGAUUAGGCUUUUGUAAAUAAGGUGCAUACCUAAAAACCAACAUUAUCGCAGACACAGACAAGCAAUAAUAUAUUUGCAUGGUGAAACAACAGCAAAGCAGACAUAAAACAAUUUAUCACAAAAAUGCAGCAGAAACUAUAAAUUAUUGUGAACAGCCAGUCAUGUACAGUUUAUGUGUGAGAGCUUAGAGUAAAGUCAUCAUGAAUUUAAAUAUAUAUGUGCUUCUAUGUGACAUUAUCUACAAAAACAGUUAUCAUUCCAACAUACAGAGUGGCAGGUAAACAUGUUAAAGAUACUCAACUUUAGUGAAUAUAACUUUAGUUGCAGUGACCCUUCCCUUUCGCACAAGUCACAUGAUUACUGACUGCAAGUCAUUGUUGGUCCUUUGACACUUUUAGUGGUUGACUCUUGAGCCAAACUGCUGCCCAGGUAUUAUCAAAGAAACAUAUAAUAAUUUAAGUUAAAUAUCAAGAGUAUAAUAAAGAACAUCAGCUAGAAACCUACAAGCUUUCUGAGCAAAGUACGAGUGAUUCAUCUGUACCACCAGCAGGACCAACAUGACCAUCACUGGAAAGACAAAUAAAGAAAACAGUUAAUAUCUUGUGCUUACUGAAGCAUGAUACGACAGCAACAGAAGAGCCUGUACUUACAGGGUCUGAUGAUGAAAGAUCUGAUGUCCAUGAUGUCUCACUGCUGACUGCUGCAGUGUAUGAUUGUAGUACAACAAGUAUACUCUCAGGCAGAACUUCCUCUUCCUGUGUGCACCGUUUCUAAUGUUUAAGUCGACGCAAACUUCAAACAGAGCUGAAAAUAUCUGUGUGAUGCAGAGCUUUAGAAAUAGAAACAGUUAUCUCUCCGGUUUGACCCUCAUGUGUGUGUGUUUGUGUGCUAGUCCUAAUUAUGAAUUCCUAAUAAGAUAGUAGAACAGUUUCCAAACAAAUAAAAAAGGUGGUGCACCAACCAAAAUGUCAUUGUUUUUCUCAGCCUUCCUUUUAGCAUUGUCGGAGAAUUGGUCAGAGUCAAUGUCUCCCAUUUGAAGGGUUAGGGGUUCGGUACCAGGGCUAUCCACAUUAUAAAGUGUCCUUGUUCAAGACAGUGGCGCCAGGACAGGUCUAGUGGUGUGCGAAUGAAACAAGUCAAAAACUAAUGCGCUUCAUACAUAACAGUUUGUGCCAUCAUCAGUAUGUGAAUGUGGUGUGGAUAGGUAAUUCUGAUAUGUAAUGUAAAAGUCAACUGUAUAAUCCUGGACCACUAAUCUUUUUUAUCUAAAAAGGAAAUAUUUCAUGUUUUCUCACAUAGAAAAUGAAAAAUAUUAUUCUUAACAAUGAUCAAAAAAGAUUUGGAACAAGAAUUUUAACUUUCAAAACAAAGAUAAAAACAUCUGCUCAGAACUUGGGUAGGAACUUAUUUUGUAGAUUACAGCAUCAUUAUGGCAUGACAUUGAGAAAAUUAACCCAUUGCAUCAGUGGGAUGUUAUAAGGGCCCAAAGACCUUAAAAACUUAAGUCCCUGUGCUUUCCCACACUUCCUUCAGACUCUGGGACCUUGUUUUUGAAAUGAGUUGCAUAAUUGACUUUAAUCUGGAGAGAGGAUGUUGGAUCACUGGGCAACAAUCUAGUUCUUUUUCUCUUUUGCCCAGGUAAGACUCUUCUCACAUUGUUUCUAGUUCAGGAGUGUCUUGAUGUCAUGAAUGUAUAUUUUUAGUCUUUUUUCCUGAACAUAUCUCUGUGUGGUGGCUCUGAUGAUCAGACCUCAGCCUCAGUCCAUUCUUUUUGAAGCUCUAAUUCUUGAAGCAGUUUUUGUGGCAGUCUUUUCAGUUCUGUGGUCAUCCUUGUUGACAGUGCAUCUUUUCCCAACACACUUCCCUUCAGUCAUCUUUUAACUAAAAUUCUUUGAUAGCCCACUCUGUAAACAGCCAGUCUUUUCAGCAAUAAUCUUCUGUGAAACUCCAAUGUCCACAAGGAGGUUAAGCCAUGAUCAUCUUCUGGCCAUAUCAGUGCUCAUGGGUGCAGUUUUGUGUGUUGAACUAGACCAAGAGUUGCACAGAUUUUAUAUGGUCUUUUAUAAAGUCUUCAUCAGUCCAAGAGUAUAGAGAAUGCAUGAAGGAUUCUUGUAAAUACCGAUAUGUUCGCAGCAGAGUUUCAUUUUUGCUGUCUUUCCAAGUCUCCACUACAUUUACAAAUCUUUUGUAUCACAUUUGUAUUAUUAUUUCCCCCCCCCCCCCCCCCAAUUCAUUUCUACUGCUGUUGUUUUUAAUUUAUAGACUGAUCUGUGGUCAGUCAAUUAAAUUGGUUACUGAUUUCUUUCCUUGUGUUGCUUCUGUGGUAAAAAAGGAGACUGGACGGAUAAAAGACUGGGGUCUGAAACAUCUAUUGGCAAUUCUUGAUUCACAGCAGUAACCUUCACUUGUCAAACAAAAUUACUCCAACUGCUGAGUGAUACAUGGUGUUAAUGUUUAACUAAGUUCAUGGUGCAUGUUGAUCAUUAACCUAUCAGAGAAGGUAUAAAAAAACACUAAACUGCAAACCAUGAAGCCAAGCUCACAUCAAAUUUCAUCAAAUUGAGGUUUAGAAUCUAAUUUCUAUUGAUUACAAAUAGACAAAGAUUUUUUUUUAGGUGUUGAGUUGCAUAACAACUAGUAUUUAUAUAAGUAUCAAGGUUAUACCUGCUAGAAACCUCAAAAGCUGUAAACCCAGUUUGACACCUAAACUUUUUUUAUGAUUAUAAUGAUUAUCAAGAUUUUGAUAUUAGAUUUCUGUGUUUCAAGGUUGAUGUGCUCCCAAAUUGUUUAAAGUAGUUAACUUUUCAAUAUUUGUAAUGUUCUAAAUUAAAUUGUAAGAAAAUAAUAGGGCUGCAGGAUUUUCACUUGCAGUAUGAAAGUUUCACACCUGUGCCCUUUAUAACUGGAACACACCUCACUUAGUCGUUCAUAUCCAAGCUCAAAGUUCAGAUCCGUUUAUUUGAGGACAUUUGACUGUGCAGCACACUGAGAAGUGACGGGAGUGACACAGGAAGGUAGGUGAGUCUAUCAAAUUAAAAUAAUUUAAAUGUUAGAAUGUUUUGUAUAGUUAUGAAAAUUUUUAUGAUCAUUAAAACUUUUAAAAUGUGGAGAAAAUAGAUUUCCUUUAAAAAAAAAAAACUGGUCUUCACAUUUUAAUCCUGUUGGUACUGCUGGCCGGUUUGAGGUGGAUUUUGUCUUUUGCGGAGCUACUCCUUUUUCCUUACUUACUGCUUUACUUUGAUAUUUAACUUUCAUCCAAAAAUAGAUGCAGUUAAUAACAGAAUGUAAAUUUAACAAAAAAGACAGAAAUGUGUUAAAGAGCAUCAAGCAUAAAUGUGUGUACAAGUCACACCUCCCAGGAGCAAGAUCAGAAAGUGUUGCAGAAGCAGAGAUUUUGAUGUCUGUCUGUCCUUCUGCCAUGGAGAGAGUUCACAAAUUCAAAAUAGUACAAAGGAUAAGAAAGUGUUUGACUACUAACAGUCAACGGAAAACUAAAUCAGCAGCAGCUAUACCUUUCCCUCCCACUUAAAAGACAAAUGUUGUCCAACUACAAUAACCCCUAGUAUAAUGUGAAAUUUUAGUUUGACUGUGCGAAUGUGUGUUGGAGAGAGAGGUAAACAAAUAUUAUUUUUGCUUAUUUACAAUAAGUGUGUGUUUGAUUUUCAGCUCUCCAGAAUGGAUGUUUUCCAGCACAUAACCGUCUUUUUUCUCCUAACACACUUUUGUGGAGGUAAGAUACACAGACACAUUGGUCUUCUAUUUUACACCCUGACAUAUGAACAGCUACUGGGUAAAAUAAGAUCAUAAAGUUUCUGUUCCCUUCUGUCCUAACCUGUGAUGGCAUGGACAUUACGGUUUGGUUUAUAGUUUAAGAUGGCAAAUACAUCUGAGAGUGUGAACAUAAAUAGUGGUCAUACAUGACUGUGCACUCCAACCUAGGAGUUGGUAGUAGUUGUGCCAUGUUUUUGAGUGUUGAAACAUGUCGAACAUGUGAAUGCAUGUAAAUUGACAUCAACAACAUCUGUGAAAUGCUGGAGCAGAGCAAAAGAGAUCAGAAGUCCAAGUAUUCAUCCCUAGAGUUCCUAAAAAGCCUUUAGAUGUGAGAGCAGACAACUGAGGGAAUCUCUGAAACUAUUAGUUUUUGACAGUUCUGCACCUAAAUGCAGGACCCUGUCUGCACAAAAGGGGUCUUGUGCAGACAAAAGCCAGGCCCAGUUCUCUGCCUCUUACAAGCACAAAUGCAUAAACUGAGCAUGAGUUGCCCCAAUGUUGCACCAAAUGUUAAAUAUUUAAAAACAAAUUAAUGUUGUGCAUUUCAGAAUUUGUGUUGCUUUAUUCCUGUUCGAUCAAACUUUGACCCCAAAAACAAGGUAAUUGCUGAACUGUGUCGUCUGUAAACUGUUACUCCUCUAGGUAUAAAAAUGAGCCUUACAGGACUUGGUAUUCAACAGCAUAUUGCAACAUGAAAGAGCUGGAGUAUUAUCAAAUUGCAAUAUAAUUAAUACUAUUACCAUCUUCAGAAUCUUAAAUAUAAAAGAGGCCACUAUAAACAAUUUGUGUUUUUGUAUGAUAUGUAAGUAUUUUUAAUAGAGUGUAUAAUUUGUAACAGAAUUUAAUAAGACUGGUGUUCUUGCAGGUCUGGCACAGGAUAACCCUCCACAGCAGGAAGUCAUGGCAAUGGUUGGUGAUGAUGCAGUUUUGCCCUGUCAGCUGGACCCUCCUGGGGAUGCUGUUGCCAUGACAGUGGAGUGGGGGAGACCUGACCUGAACCCCAGAUUUGUCUUUAUUUGGCAUAAAAGUCAGGAACUUGGAGUUGAUCAAAAUGUGGCCUAUAAGAAAAGAGCAUCAUUGUCUGUUGACAAACUGAGGAGAGGAGAUCUUUCUCUGACACUCCUCAAAGUGAAACCCUCUGAUAACGGGGUUUAUCGAUGCUACAUCCCAAAACAGAAGAAACAAUAUUUUAUCCAGCUUCAUGUUGGUAAGUUACUUAAUUAUAUUAUAUUAUAUAAGGUGACAUGGAGUGCUAUGAAAGGCACCCAAAGUAUAAAUAAAAUAAAAUUGGUUAAAAAAAAAAAAUAAUAAUAAUUUAACUUUGUAGGAAAAGCAGCCCAAUCACAAACAUUUAGAUAACAAGAAAAACAUGAUGUUCACUGUCAGGCUCAAACGUGGCUAGAACAAAGUGGAAAGCUCAAUUUGAACUGAGGCAAAGACACCUUUUAACAAUAAAAUACAAUUUUGCAGAAUAUACAGUAAUAAUGUAAGUACUUACUUGAUUUCCUACAACAAAAGAUAUCAGAAUACUUUUAAUUAUUAUUUGCAUUUAUCAAUUUUUUAAUAGAUUUUUUUCCAGAGUUGGAAACAAGCUGGAUGCUGAUAUUAUGAAAGAGGUGACCUAGAUGCUAUACAAGAUUCCAGGACCAUAUCAAAAGUCUUCCUUUCUCACAGGUGCUGUCUCUUCACCCAUCAUCACCAUAGCAGGCAUUGAUAGGGUCAGUGGUGGAGUGAUGUUGGACUGUAACUCUCCAGGCUGGUAUCCACAGCCUGAGGUGUUGUGGCUGGACAGUGAGGGAAAGGUUCUCUCAGCUGGACCUACAGAGUCAGUCAAAGGUUCUGAUGGUCUCUAUACUGUCGGCAGCAGAGUGACUGUGGAGAAGACAAACAGCAACAACUUCACCUGUAGAGUCCAACAGAGGAGCAUAAACCAGACCAGAGAGGCACACAUAUAUCUUCAAGGUGGAGAAAAUAAAAAAAACUGUCACCCUCCAAUGAAUACAGCCGAAACAAACCUUAAUUUCAGUAGAAGAAUGUACUCAAUUAUGAUAAAUAUUUUUGUUUCUUUUUUCCAGAUGCUUUUUUCACAGACCCCCCCAGCUGUACUACUUCUAUAGCCUUUAGUGUGCUGUUUGCCUUCAUGCUUAUUGUUGCAGUUGUCCUGCUGAUCUGGAAAAACAAAAUUGGUAAGUAAAAAAAUUGUUUCACAAUGAGUGAUUAAUUUUCUAUCUCUUAACCCUUUGCAAAUUAUUGCAAAAAAAGGUCUGCAAAAGAAUAAGAUACAAUUGUAUGAUUUUGAUAUAUAAUUUGAUGAGAUGUGCAUGGUAGGGAAAAGAUUAAUUUCAUCUCCAUAAUUUCUGUUAAAACUUUGAUAAUGUAUUUUAUAGUAUAGUGUUUCUUUUAAGAGAAGCAUAAAAACCAGGAAGACACUUUUUCUCAUUCAGAAAUCUCCCAAAGUACAGAUAACAUUUUUAGUGUAAUUGUUAAGUAUUGAUAAUAGAAGGCUGUAUAUUAAAAUUUGUGCCAGCUUUUAACAGUUUUUUCAUAAGAGCCUGUGUCUUAAUAUUAUUUGCACAUAUAAACAGUUUUUUUUAAACUUACUCAGUCACAGAGGUGAAGUGGAAUCAAAAUUGUCGUAUAAAAGUGUGUUGUUAUAAAUAUACUUUUCUUCUAAUAUGUCCUACUGUAAGUACUUGCUGUUAUUCAAUGAAAGUCUGGAAUGUUGGAUGUUGUUACUGUUGUUUAAAUUAAAGUGUGUUCUAUUAAGUUCAUAGUUUUCAAAGUUUUAUCAUAGUUUUUUUCCUUUUUAACCAAUAUAGAAUAUACAGAUGCUAUUUUUGUCUAGUUAGUUACAACUGUAAAACUAUUUAAUGUACCAGAAAAUUAAAUAUAACCCUAACCUGUUCUUUACUCCUUUUGUUUUUCCUGAAGACAUGAAGAAGAAAGAAGACAAAGAAGAAAAAGAAAAAAAAAAGCUAAUGGAAGAGACCAAGGAAACGAAAGACUUGAAAACACAAAUGGAAAACCGUAUAGAAGAGUUAGAGACAGCAAAAAGUGAUUUAGAAAAGAGAAAUUCUUCUCUUACAGAAACGUUACAGACAACAGAAUGUGAUCUGAAGAGGGAAAAGUCUAAAUUUGAGGAGUCACAAGAGAAAGCAAAUGAUUUUGAACAGAGGAGCAACACAAUUAGCGAGGAGUUAGAAAAGACAAAAAAUGAUUUUGACAAGGAACGGUCAAAACAUGAGAAAGUGUUACAGGAAAAGUCACAUUUUCAAGAGAAGUUACAGAAAGAAAUAGUGCAAUUGAGAGAUGAAAACAUGAAACGUAGACAAAAUUUUGAGGAAAAAAUAGAGGUUUUAGGAAAGGAAAAGUUAAAACUUCAAGAGCAGUUACAAAACAAAAUACAGCAUUUGAUGAGAGAAAAUUCAAAACUAUUAGAGAAGAAGUAAUUGGAAUAUAUGAAUAAGAAAAAAAAUCUAGUUUAUAAUGAAGUAAAGAAGAGAAUUGAGGAUUCAAAUAAAGAGUCAAAACUUAAAGAGGAAUUAUAGAAAAUGAGGGGUUAAAAAAGGGAAAAGUUGGAACUCAAAAGUUAAAGAAUAAUCAAGAAGAACUUAGAGGAUUGACAGCUGAGUAAGACACAGAGCGAACUGACAGAGUACCUGGAGAAACAAAAGGAGCAUCUUUUUUUCCCCAGUUUUAGGAAGCAGAGAGACUGACAGAGGACAAGAAGGGGGUCGUUGAAUAGCCAACAAAGCUAUAAACUAAAAAAAUCUUACAAGUUGCUGGCUGGAACCAGAAGAAAAUGGACAGAAUCAGAAACGACUGAAUAUGAAAUAGAAAAAUACAACUGAUUACUAGAGUAGAGAACAACAUAGAGCAGGUGAAGAAUCAAAGAGAUUGAGAAUCAGAAGCAGAAGAUUUAAAAUAUACUUCAGCCAGAGAAAGGAUGGGAGAUAGAGGAGAACAUACCAAAGACAUCCUCUUACCUUCCUUUUAUCUAGAGAAUAUACUUGAUACACACACAUAUACUGGGGUUCAUGUCAAAGGACAUUUACAUUUUUAUUUGGUGUGAGAACUCUGUGAUAGUUAUUGUUUCUAAUUUCGUCAUGUUGACCUAACCUUGACAAUAUGAUACAUAAAAUUUUGGAAGUUCUACAUGUACACAGGAAUGUGUGAUCUUCGGCAUGUAUUUUUACUGUUUUUACAUAAAUAUGUUUUUUUUAAGUUUGAUUCAUUUUGUUUUGUUGAAAAUCAUAAAUGUAUUGAAAACUGAAACAUUUGCCUGCUUUUUGUCUCAAGUGUCUGCUCUUUUUAUGACGUCGCUGGUUUUGCAUUGGUUCCGGUUAUAAAACCAUAAAGUGAGCAAUGAAACAAUGAAAGUGUUCAUACAAUCUGGUUAUUAUAUUAUAAAAAAGCCACAAAGUCUGUUCUCAACAACUGACAUCAAUAUUUAAGCUAGGUUGAAACCAAACCAGAAGUAGGUGUGUUAUAUGCUUCAGUUAUCUUCAUGUAGAUUAUCCUUGCUCACUUGUCCUUUAUAGUUUACUUCACAUCUUUCAUCAAUUCAGUUGUUCAUUGCUUUGUUUUUUUUUUUUUUUUUUUUUUUUUAAAAAGCAAAGCCAGGGCAGGGUUUAAAAUGUUUAGAGCGUAAUAGGCCAUUACGUUUUUUUCACAUGGGGGGGUCGGGGUAGUAGAGUGAACUUAACUUUACCACUUGUUUAAAGACAACUUAGAUAAUAAAAAGGGAGAGAACUUCAUGGAGAGUUAAAACAAAAAGAACAGAAUCAAUCCCAAUUUUGGCAAAUAAUUGAUGUAGAUGUUUAAUAGGACAUAGGAUGUCUUGAUGUGAUGUUAGUUCAGAGAAAUUUGCAUGCAACCUGGAUAAUCUCUGAAUACAGUCUUUUUUUAGUUUUGAAAAAAGAAGGUUUUUAGUCAGAUAUCAUGGCUUCAUGGCAAUGGUAACAGGUAUUAGAGCCACUAAAUAGCAGUGGAAUGAUCAGACACUCAAUUUCAAAGAUUAAACAGCAAUUGAGAAAGUUCAUCUUUGUUGAAAUCCAAGAGUAAUCUAAUCUGAGUAUAUCCAGUUUGAAUCGAUUGCAAAGCUCUUUGUGAAUGCUCAUUAAAGUCUUAACUCUGAAGGCAGCAAACGUCAGGCAAGCAUUAAGAUCAUGAUUUUAUUCAGGUGUUGUACAUCACUCUUUUUGUAUUCGUAUCACUUAAUUUCCCAUUAUCAAGAUAUUGAAUGGCUACACCUUUCCGGAUAACCAUCUACUAUUUUCUUUGUUCUCUCAAUUUCAGUUCCUGUCUCCAAACUUUUCAACACCGGUUUAUGUUCCGUAUAUACUGGCUACAGACAGUCUGACCGAACAACAUUCUCUACUGUUUUCUUCAAUGUCUCCUUUCCUUGAAUCUUUUCUACUUGGCUAAGAUCUUGCAACCUGUUUUCUAUCAGUUUUCUCAAGCACCUGCAAAAGUGGUAACCUCAAUUUAAAUUAUCUCCCCUGUUUUCUUCCCUGUCUUCUCUUUUUUUUUUAUUACUGCUGUUCCUUUAAGCCAUUAUUAUCAGGUCUCUCUGUCGACUGUCUGCCAUUCUUCUCUGUCAUUUGCCCAAAGCCAUUUAACUCUCUAGGUUUUUCCCACAGAUCUAAUCCCUGGUUGGCAGGCUUGCCUCAUUAUUACCCACCAACCACCUUCUCCCCACCCCACACACAAAGCAUUAUACCCCCCAGUCCUCUGUGACUGGGUUGCUGAUGUUUUGCAAUGAUGGUUUUGUGAUCCGACACAUAAUCCUGUGUGGGCAGGGGCAGUUAUGGUUUACUGGCAAGUCAACAAGUGUUUGCACCUAGAUAUGGAUUACUUAUCACAUCCCUGUGUUUAAAGGGGUUGUGGGACGUUCAAAAGCAAAUAAAUCCAAUCUCAAAGUUCAGAUCCUUUCAUUUGAGGACUUUGACCGUGGAGCACACUGAGAAGUGACGGGACUGACACACAAAAGGUAUGAGUCUAUCAAAUUGAUGUAUUUUAAAUCUUAGCAUGCUCUGUAUAUUAGUACAGUGAUGGUAUAAAUGGCUUUAAAAUAUGAUUUAAAAAAGGAUUUCCUUUUCAACAGACACUGUCGUAAACAUUCACGCGCAAAGCACUUCGAUGACUCAGCUGUGGCUUUAACAGGAUUCCUUCCCUUAAAAUGACAGUAAACUGUCUGCUUUGAUCAAAAAUGUUGCUUCUAUUUUUUUGCAUCAAUGACAGCAAACAUACUGGCCUUAACAUUUGAUCCUCCCAAGAUUUACUGAACUAGAUCCAGUGGAUUUUACCUCUGAGACAGCUGCUAUUGCUUUAUCACAGUGUGUAGAUUUAGUUAAGAAAUAACUUCUGUGUGAAUAUUAAAAAGAAGAAAAAAAAACAUGUCUACUCAAAGCUACAGUUGGGGUUAGAGUGAAUGCUGACAUCAUUGGUUACAAAACUGCUUAAAAAGUAUAAAUACAUGAAAGUAAGUAAGAAGCUGCUGUUGUACAAGUAAUAGCUGCAGUGAUACUUCAAUUAAUAUUAGGCGUAGUAUCACUAGAGGCAGUGAUAACUUUAGGAGAAGUAUUAGAGCAGUAUUAUUGGUGUUGAAAAAAAUUUAAACAAUAGCAUAAGUAGCAUAAGAAAAUGUCAAAGUAAAAAUUAUAAUAGUGUAAGUAGUGUAAGUGGUAGUAGUCAGUGCUGAAGCAGCUAGUCAAGAAAAGUAACAUGCUAAAAUCAUUUCUUACUCUUUGGAAAAGUACUCAGACACUCACAGCGAAAAGUAACUACUAUCCUACAAGUAACAAUACUUGGCAGUACUCCACAUCAACUGAGAUGCACCAUCACUGAACUAUCAAUUGACAUAACCUUAAACAUUUUACCAUAUGCAACAUGAGCACAAAUGCUUAUGUGGACGUACCCAACAUUUUUCUGUUGUUGGUUUUUUAGCUGUAACAUUAGCACUUACACUCUCCAUUGAAAAAAAAACUGUCAAGGAAAAAGCAUAAAGCGCUGCUAUUGUUCACACCUAUUGUUGUUGAAAGUUAAGCCUGGUCUGCUCAUGCUCUUGUCUUGUUUAUUACUCAGGGCACAGGGAAAUUAGAUCACUUGCUAUCUGUUAGUUUGUUGCAUUUGCAGGUGCUUAGAAAGAUUUGGUGUCAAGUCAACAGCAGUGGUAGUUGUUUCUGGCCAGGACGAAGUUAACACAUUGCUUUCACAUUCUUGUCCUUUGUGCAUAUCUCUAAGCCUCUAAAAUCUGCCUCUUGUUGAACUGCUCUACUGUUUCUGCUCCCCCUUUUAUGAAUUUCAUGAGUAAGGUCAAAGAGUUUUGCAGAAGCACACAGUACAAGGUUAUUUAUUUGUUUGUCUGUCUUAUGCCAUAAAGAUCAUUGAAGAACUUAGCAAGGAGAAAGGCAAUUAAACUGUUACAGUAAUUUCAUUACUAAAUUAACAAAAAAAGUUACAUCGUCACGUUACGAACAAGUAUAAUCAAAUUAUUGUAACCCUCAACAGUGGAAGUAGUUAAUAUAGGUUUAUUAGUGAAUAUAAAAGUUUUUCCCUAUUGUGUAUAUGACUGUUAAAGACCCAAGAAGCUAAAUCACACCUUAACAAGCUUUUUGUACAGCUUAUUUCAUUUCAUUCUGUCAGGGCACAUGAAAGUGGUUACAAUUUUACAGUCCCCCUAUCUUUCAUUUUACCUACAUCUUUAUAAAGCAGAAGCAUCAAGCAUUGCCAACAUUGAAGGGAAAAAAAACUGAGAGGCAGGAGUAUAAAAGGAAAAUAUUUUCAAAAAAUAAAAUAAAACUGAUAAUUCUAACUUAUUUACAGUAAAUGUGUGUUUGAUUUUCAGCUCAGGAUGGUUCCCCCAAUGGAUGUUGCCCAACACAUAGCUGUCAUUUUACUCCUAACCUACUAUUGUGGAGGUAAGAUACACAACGUGUUGGUUUCUCUCUUUUUUUUUUGUCUUGGCAUAUAAACAACUUCCCAUGGACUUCAAAAGCAAUGAAGGGAAUGUGAUGGAUCAAUUUGGGAUGGUGUGUUGUUCUUGUUGACAGCAGUUCCUUUACUUUGUGUGUGGAAACAUGUCAAACAUUCUUAUACAUAUAAGACAACAAUUCUUAGAUCUCCAAACCACAAAGGCUAGGUAAAAGAGAACAGAAGUCCAAAUAUUCAUCCCAAAAGUUCUUCAAAAGCCCACACAGGCAGUUAUAUAGCAUGAGUUGUCCGACUGUUGCACCAAAUGUAAAAUAUUUACAAGUAAAAAAUAUAAUGUGCUGUGCAUUUAAGAAUUUUUGUUGCUUUAUUCCUAGCAGACUGUUACUCCCUUAGGUAUGAAAAUAAGCUUUGCAGAAUAUGGGAUACUGUGGCAUAUUGCAAAAUGUUGUCAACAAUAUAGUUUAUAUUAAUCACAAUAAAAAAAAGAACAGUGUUUGAAACUGAAUUUAAAAUAACUUAUUUUCUUGCAGGUGUGGCACAGAAUAACCCUCCACAGCAGCAAGUCAUGGCAAUGGUUGGUGAUGAUGCAGUUUUGCCUUGUCAGCUGGAGUCUCCUGGGGAUGCUGUUUCCAUGACAGUUGAGUGGGGGAGACCUGACCUGAACCCCAGAUUUGUCUUUGUUUGGCAUAAUGGUCAGGAACUUGGAGUUGAUCAAAAUGUGGCCUAUAAGAAAAGAGCAUCAAUGUCUGUUGACAAACUGAGGAGAGGAGAUCUUUCUCUGACACUCCUCAAAGUGAAACCGUCUGAUAACGGGGUUUAUAGAUGCUACAUCCCAAAACAGAAGAAACAAUAUUUCAUCCAGCUUCAUGUUGGUAAGUUAAUUAACUAUACUAUUGUGUAUGUGGAGGUUGAGAGUAUGCAGGGAAAGCAGCCCAAUCAUUCCAGUUUUGGUAACAUGAAAACUAUGCUGUUCACUGUGUGACUCAAAUAAUAAUAAUAAUAAUAAUAAUAACAAUAAUAAUAAUCUAAUAAUCUACUCAUAAUAAUAGUCUUAUGCUGGGGUUUGUACAUUAUGAUGAGAUUCUUGCUCUAUAAUUGCUCUACUUUUUGCUUGUCUCAUUCACGUCAAUGCAAAAGUUUUAUGCGACUUGCAUCACAAAAAAGUUCAUAUACAGUAGAGAAUAAUAACACACCAAUCCUGAUCAAACAACACGUUUUGAUAUAUAAUGUGUUCUUAAACUCUUUAAGCUGUUGGACUAGUAGCGAAUCAAAAUUUGCCCAGAAGAAAAAUAAGAAAAAAUCCACAGUAUGGCAACAGGACCUCGGUGCGUUUUACCCAUGGCCUUGUUGUUAAUAAUAAUAAUAAUAAUAAUAAUAAUAAUAAUAAUAAUAACAACAAUAACAAAAUAAUAGUAAUCCUUUUUUCAUUUAUUUUUAUUUAUUUAUUUACUUACUUUUUAUUAAGGCAAUGGCUUCAUUGUCAGUUCAUUUUUUUUGUUAUUUUGCUGACUUUUGCUGAAAUUUGUGGAGAAAAAAUAAUAAUAAUAAUAAAUAAAUAUGUUGCCAAAAUAUCUAAAUACUGGUUAUAUUCACAGUUCCAUUUUUCCAGAGUUGUAUUAAUAGGCUGGAUGCUGAUGCUAAAAAGGUGUACACUAGAAUUCUAGGACUAUACCAUUAAUCAACUCAUGUCAUCCUCUCUUCAGGUUCUGCUUCUUCACCUGUCAUCAGCAUCGGUAAAGUCAGUGGUGGAGUGAUGUUGGACUGUAACUCUCCAGGCUGGUAUCCACAGCCUGAGGUGUUGUGGCUGGGCAGUGAGGGAAAAGUUCUCUCAGCUGGACCAACAAAGUCAGUCAAAGGUCCUGAUGGUCUCUAUAGUGUCAGCAGCAGAGUGACUGUGGAGAAGUCAAACGGCAACAACUUCACCUGUAGAGUCCAACAGAGGAACAUAAACCAGACCAGGAAGGCACAUUUACAUAUUCAAGGUAAAAACAACAAACAUCUGACAUAAAGAUUGUAUAUUUGUGUGUGUAUAUAUAUACAUAUAUAUAAACCUUAACUUCACUCAAACAUUACAUUUGGUGGGAUAAUGUUUGUAUCCUUCUCUUCUUGUUUUCAGAUGAUUUUUACAUGGCUCCUCCUAACAUUAUUGCUCCAAUAGUCUUUAGUGUGUUAUUUGGCUUGAUGUUAAUUGUAACAGUUGUUCUGGUGGUCUGGAAAUGGAAAAAAAUACAAACUGGUAAGUCUGGAAAUUCAUUUUAAAUUCUUAUGACUAAUUUUCUUACUCUUUCGCCUUUUGUAAUAAUAAUAAUAGACGAUUCUGGCAGUAAAGUUUUUCUUUAAAGAGAUGCAAAGAAAUCUGGAAGACCUUGUCUCUUUCAAACCCAGUGGAGGAAGUAGAUAUUUGAUUUUAAUUGCAAAGAAGUAAUGUUUUACAUAGCAGCUCUACAUUCAAAUCCAACCAGAUUUGCUUUUAUUCCUUUGGUGAGAACAUGAAUUUUGAUUAAGUUGACAAAUCAAUUCGUAGAAAACAGCUUUUUUUAAUCUAUCCAACACAUAUACUGUCUUAUGCUGAUGACUCAAAUGUUGUUGUCACAGGGCAUUGUCUUAGGGCAUUGUUUGCACAGUUUGAAGAACAUUAAUCUUGUUCCUUUUGUAGGGUCUGUAAUGUGUCCUUUAUUUUUACCAACAAAGAACACAAUAUUUUUUUUACUUAUUAUGGCACUGUCUCUGAUAUUUAUUAGUUAUUGGGUGUUUAUUUUCUGUAGAUUUACCAUUAGAAAAUAAUUACUUUUAUACAAUUUUGUACUAGUGGAAACAAAGGACAGCUUAUUACGUCCAAUAAAUUUACAAGAAAAUGAAGUGCAGUCCUAAUCUGUUCUAUCCUUCUUCUGUUUCCCUGUAGGAAUGAAGCAGAAGGAAACAGAACAACAACACAAAAACAAAAACUGGGAAACGGAAAGGUCCGAACUUCUUGCAGAGGCUAAGAAAAUAAAAGAUGAUUCAGAGAGGGAAAAGGAAGAACUACUUCAGAGGUCAGAAGAAACUAAAUAUGAUUUAGAAGGUGGGAAAUUAAAACUUCAAGAGAAAUCUCAGAAGAUAAUUGUUGAUUUGGAAAAGGAAAAGUCAAAACUUGCAGAGGAGUCACAAAAGAUAACCAAGGACUCAGAAAGGUUUAAAUCAAAAAAUGAGGAAUUGCUUAAAAAAAUAGAGAAAUUAAACAGUGAAAAGCUAAAACUUCAGGAGACAUUACAGAAGAAAAUUGAAGAUUUGGGAGAUAGAAAGAUAAAACUUCAAGAGGAGUUUGAAAAGAAAAUAGAGGUUUCAGAAAAAAAGAAGGCAACACUCCAUGAGGAGUUAGAGGGAGAAAAGGCCAUUUUGAUCGAGGAAAGAUCAAAGCUAACCAAGGAGUUAAGGGAAACAAAAGAAAAUUCAAAACAAGAACAGGCAAAUCUUCUCCAGGAGUUACUAAAAACAAACGAGGAUUCAAAACAAGAAAAGGAUAACCUGCUUAAGAUGUUAAUUAAAGCAGUAGAAGAUUCAAAAAAAGAAAAGGCAAACCUAAUACAGAUAUUAAUGAAAACAAAAAAUGAUUCAGAGCAGGUUGAAACAAACCUACGGAGGCAGUUAAUGAAAACAAAGAAAGAUUUUCAGCAAGAAAAGCAAACCUACUUCAGAGGUUAAUAAAAACAAAAGAGAGUUUAGAGCAAGACAAAAUAAAUCUACUUCUCAGGCUAAACAAAAACAAAAAAGAUUCAAAAACAGAGAAGGCAUUCCUACUACAGGAGUCACUUGAAAAAGAGACUGCAUCAGAACAAGAAAAAAAAAGAGUACUUCAGAGGUUGAUAAAAAUAACAGAGAUUCAGAGCAGGUUGAAACAAACCUACGGAGGCAGUUAAUGAAAACAAAGAAAGAUUUUCAGCAAGAAAAAGCAAACCUACUUCAGAGGUUAAUAAAAACAAAAGAGAGUUCAGAGAAAGACAAAAUAAAUCUACUUCUCAGGCUAAACAAAAACAAAGAAGAUUCAAAAACAGAGAAGGCAUUCCUACUACAGGAGUCACUUGAAAAAGAGACUGCAUCAGAACAAGAAAAAAAGCGUACUUCAGAGGCUGAUAAAAAUAACAGAGAGUUCAGAGCAGGUUGA